UGGGAAGGAGGUGUGUGGGAAAGGGGGUGAUAGUAAUGCCGGCAUACUCGCAGGCUGCCGAGAACCUGUCUUUUCUGGGUUAAUUUAAACGCCACGAUGGGCACCCUCUGGAUAUGGCUAUGUCUACUUUCUCUGCCUUUGUGCCAUGGUAAGAUAUUGAAUCGUGGGCUCAGGGCAGGUGUUAAGGGAGAGUCAGGAGACCAGAAUAGAUGGGUGCUGACAGAACUAAGUGUAGGGUCAGCUCUGGAAUAGCAGAAAGAGCAACAGGGCAGGAUGCAGGUGUUCAGUGUUGUUGUUGGAUGGUAAGGGGUCAAUACAAAAAUAACAGAGAGAGGAGAAAGGUCCAUUUAGGGCUCUCUAUGAAAUUACAUACAGAAUGCAAAAAUGGAGUUACACUACGAUAUUCCUAAAAUUAUGACCUUAGAGAAUUGACACAGGAAUUCCUAAAUUAUUAGACAAAUUGGACAAACUGUAAUACUAAGAUUUCAUUAGAUAAUGUGUUAUAAUAUUGCGAUUUCAUGAGAUAAUGUGUUCUAAUACUGCCAUUUCAUGAGAUAAUAAUGUAUUAUGAUACUGACAUUUUAGGUGUUUAAUAACGUGUUAUAAUGCAGAUCUCAUACAUAUAAUAAUAAUCGUGUGUAUAAUAACGUGAUAUAAUGCAGAUCUCAUACAUAUAAUAAUAACCAGGUGUAUAAUAACAUUAUAUACUGAUCUCAUAAAUAUAAUAAUAAUAAUCAGGUGUAAUAAUACCGAUCUCAUUAGCAUAAUGUGUUGUAAUACAGAUAUUCCAUGUGUUUAAUAAUGUGUUCUAAUACAGUUCUCAUAAGUAUAACAAUAAUAUGUUACAAUACAAAUAUUUCAGGUGCAUAAUGAGUUAUAGUACUGAGAUUUAAUGUUUUAGAAUACUGAGAUUUAAUAUGUAUAAUGUGUUAUAAUACUCAGAUUUCAUUUGUAUAUUGAGUUAUAAUACUGAGAUUUAAUAUGUUAUAAUACUCAGAUUUCAUUUGUAUAUUGAGUUAUAAUACUGAGAUUUAAUGUGUUAUAAUACUGAGAUUUAAUGAGUUUUAAUACUGAGAUUUAAUGAGUUAUAAUACUGAGAUUUAAUGUGUAUAAUGAGUUAUAAUACUGAGAUUUAAUGAGUUAUAAUACUGAGAUUUAAUGUGUAUAAUGAGUUAUAAUACUGAGAUUUAAUGAGUUAUAAUACUGAGAUUUAAUGUGUAUAAUGAGUUAUAAUACUGAGAUUUAAUGAGUUAUAAUACUGAGAUUUAAUGUGUAUAAUGAGUUAUAAUACUGAGAUUUAAUGUGUUAUAAUGCUGAGAUCUCACGAGUAUUAUAAUGUUAUUAUAACACUGAUAUUUCAUAACCAUAAGACUAAAAUGUAAUGUAAAUAAUCAUGUUAUGUUAGUGAGAUUUCAUUACUAUAAUAUUUUGCUAUAAAAAUAACAUGUCCUAUAUAAAGUGUUAAUAAAACAAUGAAUUUCCAUAACUGUAAUAGUCUUGUAACACAGGAAUUUCAUGUGUACAAUAAUGUGUUCUAACAAAAUAACGAGUAUUAUCUGGUAUAAUAUUAUGUAUUUACAAAGUAUUUGAACAUAAAAAGUCCAUUUUAUUUGCUUUUCUAGCUUGGGUUAGAAUCAGAGAGAUUCUAAAUUUAUUUAGUUCCCAACAAAACAGGAAAAAUAACAGGAAAGGAGGUCGCUCCCCACCCCGUUAAUGUGCCUUUUACUCCACUCUCACAUCUCAUCAUCUAAAUACUCUGUUAUAGUUACCAUUUAAUAUAUACACUAUAUACCCAUCAAUUAAUAUAUACUGUUAUACUCAUCAUUUAAUAUACAAUGUUAUACUCUUCAUUUAAUAUACACUAUAUAAUCAUCAAUUAAUAUACCCUGUUGUACUCAUCAUUUAAUAUACAGUUAUAGUUAUCAUUUAAUUUAUACACGGCUUAGCCUUUCCUAUACACAGACUACGUGAUACAUAUCCUCCAAUAGACCGCAUUCAGCCUAUCAUACAUACAGAUAAUGUAUGAAUAGCAUUCAGCUACAGUAUACACAAAUAAUAUACAGACAGCAUUCAGCUACAGUAUACACAAAUAAUACAUAGCAUUCAGCUUACAGUAUACACAAAUAAUAUAUAGACGGCAUUAGCUACAGUACACACAAUAUAUUACAGCCUACAGUAUACACAAAUAAUAUAUAGACAGCAUUCAGCUACAGUAUACACAAAUAAUAUAUCAGACAGCAUUCAGCCUACAGUAUACACAAACAAUACAUAGCGUACAGCCUACAGUAUACACAAAUAAUAUAGAGAUAUCAUUCAGCCUACAGUAUACACAAAUAAUAUAUAGACAGCGUACAGCCUACAGUAUACACAAAUAAUAUAUAGACAGCAUUCAGCUACAGUAUACACAAACAAUACAUAGACAGCGUACAGCCUACAGUAUACACAAAUAAUAUAUAGACAGCAUUCAGCUACAGUAUACACAAAUAAUAUAUAGAUAUCAUUCGGCUACAGUAUACACAAAUAUUAUAUAGACAGCAUUCAGCUACAGUAUACACAAAUAAUAUAUAGACAGCAUUCAGCCUACAAUAUACACAAAUAAUAUAGAGAUAUCACAGCCUACAGUGUACACAAAUACUAUAUAGACAGCAUUCAGCUACAGUAUACACAAACAAUACAUAGACAGCACACAGCCUACAGUAUACACAAAUAAUAUAGAGAUAUCAUUCAGCCUACAGUAUACACAAAUAAUAUAUAGACAGCAUUCAGCCUACAGUAUACACAAACAAUACAUAAACAGCGUACAGCCUACAGUAUACACGAAUAAUAUAGAGGUAUCAUUCAGUCUACAGUAUACACAAAUAAUAUAUAGUCAGUAUUCAGCCUACAGUAUACACAAAUAAUAUAUAGACAGCAUUCAGCUAUAGUAUACACAAAUAAUAUAUAGACAGCAUUCAGCCUAGAGUAUACACUAUAUAGACAGCAUUCAGCUACAGUAUACACAAACAAUACAUAGACAGCGUACAGCCUACAGUAUACACAAAUAAUAUAGAGAUAUCAUUCAGCCUACAGUAUACACAAAUAAUAUAUAGACAGCAUUCAGCCUACAGUAUACACAAACAAUACAUAGACAGUGUACAGCCUACAGUAUACACAAAUAUUAUAUAGACAGCAUUCAGCUACAGUAUACACAAAUAAUAUAUAGAUAUCAUUCAGCCUACAAUAUACACAAUUAAUUUAUAAACAGCAUUCAUCCUAGAGUAUACACAAAUACUUACAGUUAUUAGCCUAACAUAUAUACUCAGAGAGUGCUCAGACAAUGCUAUACACUUUAACGGGGCUUAGCCUAACUUAUAUACUUACAGAGCUCGCCAUGAUCUAUACAACCUACAAUAUAUGAUUUAACAGUGCUCAGUCCAUGCACCCCCAUAAUUAAAGAGAAACUAACCAUAAUUAAAGAGAAAAUGACCAACUCUUUUGAAAUUUAUUUUUUAAAUAAUGCAUACGUUUUAAAUAGUACCAUGAAAGAUCCUGCAGGAUAUUUCCGGCUAUAUAAGUAGGUUUUGGGUUAUACAAUAAGACUUCAGUUCAUAUAUAAUCCGACUAGAUUGUUUUUUUACUGAAUCCUGAACUAAUGUUGGACUUUUAGGAUAAGCAUGGUACGUUCAACUGGUAAAUGUUUACAGUGAACGAGAGACAAAUUCUUAUUCCUGAAAGCAAGAGAUAGCAAAAAUAUUAGCAAAACGGGAAAGAUGAUUAUAAAAAAACGAAGAUUUUUUUUAAAGUUUCCAGAAGUUUACAUUAUUUUGGAGAAUUACGGAUACAGUGCAAAAACACAACAUAUAUUGCAAUCUGGCAAUGGUAAUCGAUCGAUAAUGGUUUUUAAUGAGCAUCCAGUAUUGUGUGACAGUUGUCAAAGCAAUCACAGACAAAUUUCACAAACUCCUAAUCUGUUGGUAACGCCGAUAAAAUCAGAAAACUUUAUCUGCUUAAUACCAGGUCUAAACCAAGAUUCCACUGACAAUCUUGCAAUGUCGAGCUCAAUAGGCCAUCAUUGCAAGGUUAAUAACAACAAAAAUGGCACCACUGUAGGUUUUCAGUUACAUCACAGGGUGAAGGCAGAUUUCUAACAGACUUUUGAAGCAAUCUGACCUCGCACUUUAAACAUAUAUAAAUAAGAAAUUCUUUGCAACAAAUAUUACAACAGAACAGGUAUUUUUAUCCCCAAAAAUCCCAAAAAGCCCCUGACUUAUGAAACAAGAAGCAUGCAAUAUAUUUCAGUUAUUACACUAAAUGUUGUGUGCCUCUUGUUCAAAUGUUAUUGUUUAAAAUCCGUGGAUGAAUAUUAUAUAGGUAUUUUAUUUUUAAAAGGCAUGUAUUCUUGAAUAUUCUCCCUACUUUGACUGAUAUAAAUUGGAAAUUGGCGUAUUAUUACGUUAUCUCUUCUUUGUCUGUAAUGUUGAUGACCAUUAAUAAAAAUAUUUUAAAAAAUAUCCAGGAAUAAUAUAGAAACAAUAUAAAAAGACAAAAAGAGAGGUUUAAUCUCCAUCAAUUGCUCCAGUUUGAAUAAGUAUACACCUCUCUUGAACAUUCCCAGAUUAGCGAGUUGUUUUCCAAAAUUAGAAUUAAAAUGUAUUUUAUUGGGAUUAGAACUUGAUUUACACAAUAUGCCUAGCACAGUAAAACAGUCUAAUAUUUAGGCAAGGCACUGUCACAUUACAUGUGACAGGACAUCCUGGAAAAGAGAACAGAUAAGUUAAAUGAAAUAGGCAGAUUAGAGUAAAGACAGACAUUUGAGAAUCAGAAUCAUUGGGGGUCUUUGCUUUUGUUGCAUAUUUCUCUGUGUGUGUGUGUGCGUGUGCGUGUGCGUGUGUGUGUGUUUAUAUAUAUCUAUAGGUACGACCAUCUUUCUUCAGCUUCUGCUAUUUCAUCCACCAGGAGUCUGCUGUAGAGUACAGCAGUGGACAUAAACAAAAGACAGCAGAACUCUCCAUAGAACAGAUCUCAAGAUUCACAAUAAGAUGCCCAUUGGGAACUGACAAAACAUGACAAAACAUUCUUUAGUCAAGUUUUGUCAACAUCAGGCUUGGCCAUAAGACAAAGUAGUCCCGACUGUUAAUUGCAUUGGAAUCUAAGUGAAAUCCCAACGUGCUCAAUAUGAGCAUUUCAUAAAGAUUUUAUUAUAAUGCAAUAAUCAGAAAUGAUAUUGUGGCGACAGAGCCGCUUCAAGAAUAAACAUUUUUUAAAAAAAGAUAUGGUUUACAUAGGGAUUGCUACAGUAGAAACACAGUGCUGAUGAAAAUUAAACUCUUCAAAAUGUGAAUACAGGUAAAGUAUCAGCCAAAGCAUAUUGAGAUGUGUAUUAAACAGCUAAAGGAGAAGGAGGGGUGGGGUGGAAAAAAAAGUCAUAAAAUCAAUUGGAUGGUGAUAGAUUGAAAGAGAAAGAGGGAGAAAAACUAAUUGCAGGGAAAGAGGAGAGACAAAUCAAAGGGAGAAAAAUUGGAUUUUGCGAAAGAUGGGUUUAGUUGAUUAAACAAAAUUGUAUGGUAAAAUAUAGGCAAGAGUCUGAGAUAAAAUGCAAGGUCUGUUCAGAAGGUAUCCAGCCAUGUACAUGAAAAAUAGCGACAUCUAUUGAAGAAGAUACACGAUACAAGAAACAUUGUACAUAGGACAAUGACGCCUUAAUCCCCUUGAAAGUAGGCAUUUUGGGACCUCAAACAAAUCUCCCAAUGUUUCUUCCACUGUUUAAAACACUCUGCGGAAUCCUUUGUUGGCAUCAGCUGCCUCAUAAUUUUUAAGUGAAUCUCAUCGAUGGUCUGAAAUCUCUUCCCUUUCAAAGGUGAUUUUAGUUUUGGGAAAAGUCAGAACGUGGAUCAACAGCAGGCCUCCCAGAACGUGGAUCAACAGAUUCUCAACCAUCUUUGAAGUGUUUGUGCCACACUUUUAUUUGCAUUGCACUCAUUACAUUGUCCCCGAAAGCCUUCUAAAUCAUCUCAAUAGUUUCUGUGGAGGAACGUUCAAACUUAUGGCAAAAUUUGAUGCAGAUCUGUUGCUCUACUCGCUCAGUCAUUGUGAAUGUGUUGGCCACACAGUACACAUGCUCCCUCAGAGGCGUCUAGAGCCCCCUAACAAGUACAGUGAAGUUGUCAUUGUUCACGCAUGGACAUUCCAGUCAACUCUUCUUGUCUGCCAGGUUACAUCGAUGUCGCCCAAACCGUUCUCCUUAUAUUAACAAUGGCUGGACUUUUUCCGGAAAGACCUUGUAUACUGAAUGAAGAAGGUGCGGUGUUUGUUAAGCUAUGUGUUAAGGAAAAGUGUUGUGAUUCUGGAUAGUGGAUUAGGUGGGAAUAUUUAAGAAAUAUUGAAAACUGAGGGUUAUAAGAUAAUAAUGAGGAGAGGGAAGAAUUAUAGUGUUGAGGACGGUUAAGGAGCUUGUGGAGGAGAACCUGAUUUAAAUACAUUUAAGGAGAUUGGGUGAUAGAGAAAGUUAUAUCAACUCAAUAAAAUGUAAAUUUUGAAAAAAAAUGAAAUAAGACAUUAGAUGAUGAGAAAGGUUGAGACAGUAAUAAGAGAUGGAUUUGGACUAAGAUGGAUAAAAUUGAAUUUAGAAAGAAGGAGGAGAAAAUCAAUAAUGUGGGAGGUAGAAGAAGUUAAGGAAGUUCAAGAUAAAGAAGAAGAAAGUAAAGGUGAAGUGAGAAACUGAAGGAGGAAAGUGGUAGCUAUCAAGAAAUAUGUUGACCGGAGAUGGAGACCGUUAAGAAAGAGCAAGAACAGUAUGAAUGAAGAUGGAGGUAGCAGAGUACAGGAGCACAUGGAAGGGUUUAAAGAACAAGAAAUUAAGGAGAAUCUGUAAAAGAAUCUGUCCGAUAUGUGAGAUGUCCAGCAUGCUAGUUAUCAGAAUCAAUGUACUGGUAAAGGUUUCAUAAAAUAUACUAUAACGUACACAGAAGAGAAACAUAACAGAUAAAUAAUAUUCUGAUUCCUGGCUAGGGUGUGGAUUCAUGGUUUAAAUCGUGAACAUGCUGUGCAUCUCAUAUCAUAUUCAUAUCUGAAAAAUUCAUCCAUUACAAUAUUGUGAACAUGUCUAUUAUAGCACAGAAAAUGUCUUACUUCCUUCUUCACACAUUCCUUUUCCCAUUAAAGAAUUCCAGCCAUGUGUCUUUUUCUUCAUCUUGUUCCAGGCCUGCAGUGUCAAAUCAACUGCACUAAUGGGGGUAUGUGUUUAUCACACCUGAAUGGGACCCAGAGCUGCAGGUAACUAUAUUUUGCAUAUUUAUAUCCUCCAUAAUAUAACGCUAUUCAAUUAGAACACAUAGACCAAGGAAUGACAAUGUACAAUGGGUACUGGAGGCCUGGGCAGGCUAUCACUGCUAUGGAUUAUACGUAAACAAUAGCAGAGACUCCAUAUUGCUAGGGCAGGGUAUGUGUUCAUAUCCUAGUUGAUAAGAGAACGCAGCUUUCUAGAAAGACAUGGUAAUUAGUGGUGAGCAGCUGGGUGGAUUCACUUACCUUCUUAAUGUCCAUCUAUUUACAUUGGUGCCAUUAUUUUUUUUAAUAUCAUAGUACGUGCUUGUAUAUUACUUCACACAUACCAUGUUAUCCAUCUUUUUAAUUUGGUGACCACACGUUGUCCAUCUUUUUUGUUUAGAUUACCUACCUCAUUGUGAUUCCUUAUGGCUUAGUGCACCAGUUCCUUUUCCCAGCUUUUAGUUUAAUUUAAAGCAAUCUUAUUUUUCAUCAAUGUUGCUUUAGUAUACCUGCCUUAUUCUUUACUGUUUAUCCUUUUAGUUUAGCGCAUAUUUUCCAUACUGUCCAUCCUUCCAAUACAGUGUACCUACCUUAUUGGCCAUUAUUUUAUCUUAAAGAGUUAAUGCAAGCACCAUAACCACUACAGCCCUGUGUAGGGAGUACCCUGGCCCCAUUUCUUGUGAAUAGAGAAAACAGUUUUAUGGUUGAUUGUCCUCUAAUCUGGGUCCCUGCUGACCUCGCGGGUUCCUCUCUAGCCGCUAGCGACAUCCAUCUUCUGUAGUUAAGAGUUGCAGAAUCCAAAAGUCAAUCCUGCCGUCCUUUCAUUGACUGCAAAUGUCCGGUGACCAUAAAUCCUAUUCGGUGUGUAGGAAUAUGCACUGAAUUGAUAUUAGCCAGCCCAAAGAUAUAGUUCCUAGCUAGCUGAUAUCCACCCCAGUGACAUUGUUGGAGGUGGAGUUACACCUCAGUCAGCAGAGGGUUUUAUCUCUAUAUUUGCAGCUUUUUAUAACCAAACGCUGCACAAACAGACUGCCGGCACCAUGACCACUUCAAAUAAUUGACAUGGUCAUUGCACUUGCAGUAACCAUUAAUGUUCACCUGAAUUAAUGUCCUUCCUUAUGGUUUAGUGCUGAUCCAAAUUAUUGGCCAUCCUGUUAGUUUAGGGCACAAUCAUUUUAUUGUCCACCCUUUUACGUAAAUGCACACUUACCUUAUUAGCCAUUCUUUUAGUUUACUGCACGUACCUUAUUGAACAUCCUUAUGGUUUAGUGCACCUACUGUACUGUCCGACAUUUUGUGUUGUUGUUCCUUUGGCAGGGUAAAGCUGAGGAAGUUGCAGGAAUAGAACCUAGAAUUCUGUUUUAAAGGAAGAUGUAGUGACUAUCCUUAGAUCACCUACAUCGUUCGGUGUAUUGAUUUAGCUAUGAAAUAAAACGUAUCUAUUUGGUAAAUAGUGCAACGCGAAAAAUAACAGAAACCCAGAAACCUCACCAAUAAAAAUGUGAAUAUAAUAUUAUUAUUAGGUUUGUUUGUUUUUUACUAAUAAUGAUUUCUCCAACUAAAAUGUAACUUAGAACAAACAAUGUAUCUUAUUUAACACAUUUAUUCUAGUAUCAAGGUACAAGAUUUCCCAUUUACAGCAAGCGCUAGCGAUGCUCAGGCAAUAGAGUGAUAAACAAGUCCAGAUGUUUUAAUUAAUACUUUAUUUUUUACUAGACUUUAUCCUAUGGUUUCCUGUACAGCAUGACAUUGUACGGAGAACAGGGGUUUCUGGAAUUUGUAGUCCAGCAGUCUGCAUUUUACUCUUGCAAGCUCGUAACUAGACUACAACUCCCACAAACACCUCUGCUUGCUUUCUGAUAAAAUAAACAACUAGCUUACUGGAGAAACACUGCAGGUUAGGAAGGACUAAAAAGGAGCUGUGACGUCACAUGCACAGCUACAGUAACAACAAUGGGAUACAUGUUUUAGAAUAGAAGAAGUGGGGUAGAUAAGUCAGGGAUAAGUUACAAAACACCUUAUUUUAUUUAUUUAUUUAUUUUCCAACAAUGGAGCGUGUGAUAAAAGGAAUGAUUAAAUAUUUAGACCAAAGAUUAUAAAAUGCAUAACAGUGUCCUGGAGUGUCUCUUUAUCUUCAAUGAGUCUAUAUACACCUGUCUCUGUGUCAUUAAUCAUUUAUCUGCUAAUAUAUUAAUUUCCGUUACACUCACAACUCACAGGUGUGCUACUGGUUUUAUGGGUGAUCGAUGCCAGCUCACAGACCCCUGUGCUAAUGUUAACUGCUCACAUAAAGGCACAUGUCAGCGUCACUCAGCCACUGAAUAUCGAUGUAACUGUGGGCCGGGAUGGACAGGUGAGCCAUUCAAUAAGAGACUGAAAUGCAUUGAAGUUGAACCUGUACAUUGUGUAUUUUCCCAAGGGAAUUCAGUGAGGAACAAGAAUUAAAAAGAAAAUCAUACUUAAUUUUAUUGACUUAUGGUCAGGUCAGAAAUGCAAGGAAAUAUAUUAGCAAUUGGUUGAAACAAACAGAAACCUGUUUAUUGGUGUAAGAAAACGUGUUAUAAAACAGGAGGUGUUUGCAAAGUCAUAUUACAGAAAGAUUUAAAAUCUGUAUAAAAAAUGUUGCUGUGCUAAUUUGGAUAUGUUUAAUAGCAUUGUGGGAAAGUGGUGUGGAAACACAAUGUUUCAGAACUUGUUAAGGGUGAAAUAACAUAGACCAUCAACCAUCUUUGAUAUAAGACUCCAUAUUGUUUGCAUCUAAUUUUAGAAUGUUUAAAAAAAAAAAAAAAAAAUCCUAGUUCGGCUCCACCUGGCUACUUUAAGUUUACCUUGCCCUGCUAGUUUGCCUCGAAUACAUCCAAGAUAAGGAUGAGUUUGUCCAGUAAACAUUCAAUACUGAACCAUGUGUUUAGUUAUGUAAACGUAUAUUAGAGUAGAUGUUUAAAACAAAUGAUCUUCGUAUAAGACAGUGUACCAAGUGUUACACAACAAGUCCAACAACACCCUUCUCUACGUCCUGGAGCUGGAAAAGACAAAUAAUAUCGUUGCCAAUGAAAUGGUUUAGUGUUGUGCCACUCAUUGCAAUAUAUUGAAUGAUAUGUUUCUAAGAUCCCUGAUGUUUUACUUAGUAAAUGAGAACGCUUUGAUUGCAGACAACCCUGCCUCCUUGUGCUAUUAAUUCUCCCGCAAGCUGUCUAAAGAGAUUGCUACAAAUUAUUUCACUGUCCAGAGAAAGGAGGUCGCAGACCGAGGUAUUAGGUGUAAGCCCCCAGUAAUUGUCAGAACCCGAAUAGAACUUCUGGUGAAUUUCGGUGAAUUAUUUACUAAUUAUUCACAUAGAGUAAAAAAAAAUAAAUCUUAAUUUAGUUUUGAGUUGUUCUUCAAUUUUUUAAUCUCAGAACAUUUGUAAUAUUUGUAUAUGGUCAAAAGUCUGAGAACGCCUGACCAUCUCACCUAAAUUCCAUUCCAAAAUAAAAAAAUAAAAAAAUGGGCAUUAAUAUGGAGUUGACAUCUGUUUAAGCUAUAACAGUUACCACUUUUUUAAAAAGGCUUUCCACAAGAUAAUAUAGGACUAGGUGACUGCAGUUCCUAAAAGAUUAGAAAAAAAUAAACCCAUUGCUGCCACGCUGGACCUUGCUUGUACCCUGGGGCACAGUUUUCAAGGAAUAGGAACAUUCCUUUCCCAAAUUGUUGCCACAAAGUUGGAAAACACCUAGCUCCCUAAAAUGUAUCUUGUAGCAUUAAGAUGACUGUUCACUGUAACUAAGGGGCCCAGCCGUGACAGUAGAUAUUCUUUAUUACAAUAGGUAAUGUAUUGAGCUGAUAUUGCUUUCAGAGGCAGUUUGGAACUCUGUCGUUAGUGUUACAUCAGGUGAUAAGUGAUGUAUAUGUGCUUCUUGCUCCAGGACUUGUCACUCCAGGUAUGUGAUGUCAUGUGGUCUACCACUUCGUGGCUGGGCUGCAGUAGCUCCAAGACGCUUCCACUUCACCUGAACUCAAUAAAUAGAAUGGGUGUCCACAAACAUCUGACCCUAUAAUGCAGGGCUUAACAUUUAAUGCACUACACUUCCUUUAUGCAGUCUGUUUAAUUUAGAAUUUCUUAUCUCCUGCUCUGAUAAUAGCCUUCUAGACCAUGAAGGAGCCUCCUGUGUGUAAAUAACAUUCAAUUUACAGAGCAGGAGAUUAAAACUUCUAAAGUCAGUGAACAUCUGAGUGUAUGAGUCACAGCCAGGAAAGGUGUGGCUAGAGCUGCAUAAAGAGAAACAGAAAGUGAUUUAACUCCUAAAUGGCAGAAAAUUCAGCAGUGAGAGUGAAGGGGUAUGAAAAGGGGUAUGAAAAAAUAGUUUUAGUGCCUUUAGUAUCCCCGUAAUAAUGAAAUGUCGUCCUCCUGCUAUUAUAAUAACACUCACACUGCUCGUAUCCCUUUAACUGCAUUAGCAGACUGAUUUUGUCGUUCACAUUUUAUAAAUGUUAAAUGUUUUCUGUCUAUGCAUUCCUAAACAUCACCCAUUUCCCUGAAUGAAUGCUUAGAUCUCUUCAGAGCUCAUCACGUCCAUUUCCCUUAGAGACAUGACAAAGGAGACAUGACAUUUUAUACAGAAAAGGGGGAGGAAGUGAUGGAAAAAUACUGGAAACGACUGUGUGUCACGAGAGUUCCUGCAAUUUAGGUGCAGAAUGAUUCUUAUAGUAAAUGAAUGGACGGUAUAGGGAGGAACUAUCGGGCAGACCGUCGGUGCGAGGCCUCCACCCUUCGCGGUUAAUAGGUCUUUCAUUUUGCUACUAUCUAAAGGUAACCUGGCAAUGUUUCAACCAUUUUGGGUCUUGGCCAAAGCUUGACAAAGCUCUAAUAAAGGUCUAUUAAUCACAUUUUGGGUGGAGGAUAUCCUUAUUCGUCUGUGUUUCUUUGAUUGGGUUAAAAUAUGUUUAGUAAUCUACAUCAAUGGCAUUCAUAUUAAGUAAGUACCUGCUAUUGAAGAAAUAUAAACUACAACAAUGUACACAGAAUUAGUUGCUGAAUGCCAGUAUUGUUAAAUUGUCUCUGUGUAAAGAUGGCAGACUUGCUAUAUUGUUUAUUCAUUUAUAACACAUAAUUCUCAGAGAUUUGUUUAGUUCCAAACUGCAAUUCAUCCGAUUAAAGCUUGAUCGGUGAUCGUCUGAAUCCCCGAGUUCUAAACUGCAAAGAACACUUAAUCAUGGAACAAACGACUCGUACAGUAGACGAGCAUGUUCCUUUAAUUCGUGAUUCAGAGUUUCAGCCAAGGCACUAAAAUAAUAAAUGGCAUGUGGACAGCCGCUAAUUGGUGAUUUUAUUUACAGAUCAAGUGAGAAGUGACCGAUAAAGAGAAAAAAAGUAGGAGCAAUGAACAAAAUAAAUCUAGAUUUAUAUAUUAUAUAUUUAAUAAGUGUAUAUAAAUGUACAUGUAUGUAUAUAUAUAUAUAUAUAUAUAUAUUUCUACUGCUCCUCCACUUUUUUCCUAUAUUGGUUACUCUUUCUCAUUGUACUGCAAAAUAUAUACAUAAUAUACAUAAUAUUUUUGUUAUGUGUAUGUAUUGUACAUUAUAUUGCAGUAUGCUUAUUGGCACAUUCUCGUGACCUUUUGGUUUAUCUGAUUCUUUUUCCUGAAUCUUUUUUAGUGGAGGAAAAUGUGUUUUUUGGGCCAAAUAUUGUUUUAAAGUUACUCGAUCUUUGAGUUUGGAUGGUCCAUGUUACAUACAACAGGGGUGAAAUUCUACUCACCUAGGCUGAAUAUUUCACUCGCCACUAGUGAGUGGCGAGUGGAAAGUUUCAGCUCUGCACAAUAAAGAAUCGGGAGAAACAUCUUACCCUAUGGGGUGCAGUCACAUGGCGCAAUUCUGUAACACUAUGAGCAUUACAGCGCUUCCUCGAUAAGAAAAUAGGAGGUUUGCUAAAAGCAUAUAGGAUCUUAAAGGUAGCACUCAUAGUCCUGAACCUGCACUCCUAGGGGGCAUUCUAACUGAAUCCUGCACAUAUCUACAAUGACUCACUAAACUCUUUACUCACCUGGGAGUUUAACGUCCUCUAAUCACAGGUGGCCAUGUUUGUACUUGUGAUAUCCUGAGAUUUAAGGAACCCUAAAACCUGGAUUAGCAACAAUCACACUAACACACGCUCUCUGAAUAAAUGUAAUGAAAGGAAAUAAAGAAAGGUUAGUUAGUUAGGAAAUACCGUCAGACCAGGUUCUACUCUUUUAUCAUCAAGUGUGGGGGAAUAAAUGAUUCCGUUUCCAUUUCCGAUGUUUGUUAAUAUAUAUGUUUAUGAGUGUUAAUUUUUUGUGGGAUAUUUGAAACAUAGAAAGAGUUGUGUUGGCAAGGAGAGGCAGUUGCUAUUUUCUGAAAGUUUUUAAUUAUCAGCUAAAAUAAAAUAUAUAGACUACAAAAACCAAAGUCAGUAAUGUAGGACAGAUUUCAACUAAUAUUUUGAAAUGUAAUCAAAGUGGUGUAAUACAUAUAUACAUAUUAAAAUAUAUACAGUGCCAUCUCUAGAAACCUCCAGCAGAACAUUUUAUAUGAGGAAGAGGUUAAUGUUCGAUGUUCUGACUUGGAAUCAGUUAUCCGAUCUAGUGUUGGUCUAAUCCCAAUAGGAUUGUUGGAGACUGUCAAUGGUCUGUCAUUUUCACAUGUAUUCAGGUCAGGACAUUGCCCGGAACACACAUACAUGAAUGAUUUUAUUGUCCAGCUACUUCAAUAUGGUUUUUGCUUUGUGCUUUGACUUAUUGUCCUCCUAAAAUAUGAAUUUCCUCCUCAGUUUUGGCUGACAAACACAUACUUUCCUGUUGGAUUUUCCUGUAUUUUGGGAAGUUGGUCCUUGCAGAAUAUGGAGUAUGGAAAAAUCUACCAUGCCACACACAAAAAAUUAACAGUAACUAAUAUUUCUUUGUUCCACUGUAAUGCUUGGGAACUCAUAGGUCUGAUCAGUCCAUUAGUAGGUGCAGCAUUUAUUGAUUACAAAUAGAGAUUCAUGUUAUAAAUUAAGAUGUUUUCCAACACUUUUAUUCACAUUGCAAUAAUGUAAAUGUUGUGCAGGAAAGAACUGUGAAUCAGUGGACUUCUGUGCCUCGAUACGCUGUAUGAACAAUGGAAAAUGUGUCAACACCGCCCCUAACUUUAUAUGCCAGUGUCCCCGUGGCUUUGAGGGCGACGCUUGUGAGAAGGACGUGGAUGAAUGUCAAGCAGUGGGAACCUGUAAAAAUGGUGGCACCUGCAAGAACUUGGUGGGGUCCUUUAAUUGUCUGUGUCUCCCUAUGUACCAAGGGGAACGCUGUGAGAUGAGGAGAGGGGUCUGUGCAUCAAACAGCUGCUCCAAUGAUGGAACGUGCUUCCAGAGAGAUUCACAAUACUAUGAAUGUCUGUGUCCAUCAGGUGAGUAGCUAUUAUUUAUCUCCCAUGGGAGCACAGGAAAGAUUGACAAAGAGCACACGAGACAUAUAUACAAUGAUGACAUGUUCAUUGGUGACAAGUCUUUGCCUUAUUACAGGAUACACAGGGUCACAGUGCGAAGAAAAUAUUGAUGAUUGUAUCAACCACAAAUGCCAAAAUGGAGGUUCCUGUAAAGAUGGCCUGAAUGACUAUUCUUGUCAGUGUACACCUGGAUGGGAUGGUAAGUAGACAUCUAUCCCAGAACUAAAACUGUUCUUCUCAACAAUUGUCAUAAUUACUCUAUCCUACAGGUUCCAUUACUCUCCAGGUCAUACACUCUUCACAAUUUCUUUCUUUCGCUAACAUUCCUUGUUUCCAGUUUCUGUCCCACUGAGUGUCAGAGUUGUGUGUAACACUUCCACCACAAUGUAUUGUAUACUUGUCCUGGCACCAAUUAUUUCAUUUGGUCUUGUGUUGUUUUGUACGUUGUACACCAAGACUGCUAUAAAUCUGUAGACAAGAUCCCCUAUCAGUCAUUUCAAACCUCCUUCUGCUAUCCUAUCCUUUCUGAUAUUUGCAGGCUGGCGUUGCACCCAGGAUGUUGAUGAAUGCCAAACUCCUGGCAUAUGUAAGAAUGGUGGUACUUGUCAGAACACACCAGGAAGUUAUAAAUGUGUGUGCGUCAAUGGCUGGAUUGGCGAAAACUGUGAGACCAACUAUGAUGACUGUGCUGAAGCCACGUGUGCAGAAGGUUCCACUUGUGUAGAUCUGGUGGGGACAUUCAAUUGUGUGUGUCCCCCUGGCAGAAUUGGUAAGUAUUGACCUAGAGUGACAGUGAUAUUUACUAAAGUUAGAAUUGGCGGAAAUUCAAAGUGAGUUUAAAGUGAAUUUAAAAAUGUAGGACAAAAUAACAAAAUGAGAAACAUUCUCAAAGUCAAUUCUGUUUUCACUUUAACUAUUCUGGCUUUAAAUUUGAAUUUUGUUUUUAUUUUUUUUUAAAUGUACUUUAAAUUCUCAACAAUUCUCACUUUAGUUAAUAAUCCGGUAUCAGUCUUUACUGCACCAUUGGAGUAAGAAGGUUAGGUAAUGGAAAACAUUUCAUAUUAAUCAACAGAGUAAACAAAAAAACUUGUGUGAUCUAAAAGUAAUGUAGGUACAAAUAAAGAAAUGUCAGAUGUGUGUAUAUGGAAGAAAAGAAUUGCAUGGUAGCAGCAUGACCAGGCCGCCGAUAUUUGGGGAUAUUUGGGGAUAUUUCAAUAACAGUCUGUUUGAUAUUGGAAUAUAUUUGACUAAACCCAAGAGUUUCUAGAAUAACUAAAUGAUGCCAUACUCUAUGUAUCCACUCCCUCUGUACAGGCUUGUUAUGCCAAGCACAAGAUGGCUGUCUGAAUAACCCAUGCCACCCAGCAGCCACUUGUGACUCUCAACCUUCGUCUCAGACGGUCCAAUGUCGCUGCCAGCCUGGGUACACUGGGGCUACUUGUCAUCAGGAUCUAGACGAAUGCCAGCUAGGUAAGAGCUGCUGUAAAAUAAAAUAAUUUCCUAGUUUUACAAACUACUUUCACUAUACCUGAUCUGACAAACUUUGAAGAAUUCAUGUUUCCCUUUCUUCAUCUAUGUUUGUGUUUUUUGGAUAAUUAUCUUUGACCCCUCCAUUUCUAACUUUGUCAUAUUCUUCUUUCAUUUCUAUCUGUGACCUAAUAUUACCAUCGGCCUAUUUUGUUUGCUUUCUACGUCAUUCUUUUGAAAUGUCAAAUUCAUAUUCUAUUCCUGCAUUCCCGCUUUGAUGCACAUUUUCUUUCUUUGAUGCGUAAUCAGUCUUUGUCUUCCUUCCUGUUUCUGUUUUUCUCUGUUGUGACCUUUCUAUCAUCCACCUGCAGGUCCGUCUCCUUGUGAGCAUGGUGGGGAAUGCGUAAAUACUGAAGGCUCGUUCCUGUGUCGCUGCCCUCGAGGGUACAUUGGCACUCGCUGUGAAACGGAUAAGAACGAGUGCCAACCUAAUCCCUGCCACAACAAUGCUACCUGUCUAGAUUUGUUAGCACAUUUCAAGUGUUUGUGUUUACCUGGUAAGGAGAGAGAAUUUCAAGAACAUUAGAAUCGGGGGGAAAAGGAGCAUGAUUUCUAAGCUCAGGAGGAUUGGUUACUUAAUAUAUGGUCCCUAAGUCUAAAAAGGUAGUGACAAAAAGGGAAAUAAAAUACACAAGACAAAAAUGAACCUGUCCCUUGCAGGUGCUGCCAUCUUGUAUGGCGAGUUCUCUUUGGAGUUGAUGCCAGUGCUGUACUCUUGCACUUGCGUAAGAGGACAGCAUUAAGGACGAUGAGGUCUAUGGAGGAUCCAUCCAUGGACACAUCCAAUUCCCUGGAGCCAUCAUUGGUGAUGGCUGUCAGGAUUGACACCUAAACUACUUGAAACCAGUCUAUAAAUCAAGUCAGCAACUCACAUGAUGGAGAAGGAGCCAGGUAAAUUUAUUUGCAGCCAAAUCUAUGAUUCUAGUCCCUCAAGUUAUCACACUCUGUUCUGCGUGAGUUGACAAAUAGUAGUUUACUACUAGAGAAAUAGAGAGACAAAGUAGUCCCAAUUUUAUCUCUGUUUAUCUUUUGAAUGGGUUGGAAUUUCACUGAAAUCUUUAUAAAAUACUAAUUGUUCAGGGGUGGUCGGUGACAGUGUCACUUUAAGGUGGUGAGCUAUCAUGUCAGAUAGACAUGUUGGAUACAGUGGUUAUGAAGUGCUUGCCCAGUCUCUCACCUUGUACUUCUCAUGACCUUUCCUUUUUAGGAUAUGAAGGAGAGCUUUGUGAGCAGGAGAUAGAUGAAUGUAGAAACUCCCCCUGCCAAAAUGGAGGACACUGCUCCAAUAUUCCAGGCGGCGUUCACUGCACAUGCCCUGCAGGUCUGUAAACACAUUUAAAUGACUAAAAUAAUAGAAGAUAAAUAUUAAUUCGCCUCAAAAGUAAGCUUUGACUUAAAUAAUAUCUAGAUUAAAGCCAAUGCCUGUUGUUUUUUUUUGUCCACAAACCAAAAGACAUUUGAAAUCUUUUUCUCUGUUUGUCCGAUUAAUUCCGUUUGUUAGCCAUGUAUCGACUAGACUUUAAAUUUAGGAAAUUUCUUUAUUUCAUUAGAAUACAGUAAGUAUCUACCACCACAUGCAUACUUAAAGGGACACUGUAGGUAUUAUAACCAUUUAAUCUGAUUGUAUUGGUAAUGGUGAUUGGAGUACCCUAGCACUGUCCCUCUGUUCCUUGUUAAACCAUUUUAAACCAGUUUAACCCUGAAUGUUCCUGGCAGAGAUUGUACACUCCAUUGUAGCCAUACCAAUUUAUACCUGCAUUAGGGACUGUGAUAGACUGAAUGCAGCCAGCUGAUAUUCUCAGCCAAUCAUAGUUGCUCAUUGCUGCUCGGGCCAAUGCUUCCUCAUUAACCCAAGAUGCAAAGAGUGGAUGGGCUAUUGGGGACUCUUGAUUAGCAUUAUAUGAAAAACUGUUUAUUGCUCAAUGGAAGGGCAUCACCAGGACACUCCAGACACUAUAACCACUUCAAUUACAGUGCCUACAUUAUCCCUUUAUAAAUAGCAAUUUAUAAAUCCAGUCAGCAAUUCAUAUGAUAGAGAAGGGGCCAAAUACAUUUCUUUGAAGUCAAUUCCACAAUUACAGUCCCUCAAGUAAUUACACUCUCUUCUGCUUACGUUGACAAAUCAGCUCAUAGUAGAUUUCAUACAUAUCAGUUAAAAAUACGUCUUUCUCAGCCUGACUGCUACUGUCACAGUAAUUGUCAAUCCUGUAAACUGCAUCAGUUAUGUAUUGGAAUUUCUCUGAAAACUUUAUCGCAAUCAGUGAUAACUCCAUGUGAGUUAACUGGUAUCCUCAAGGGCUCAAGGCCAGGUGUAACCCAGUCUUAACAUCAUGAGUGGUGGGAACAGGAUGACACUACCCUCAUUCCUUGCAGGAUUUUUAGGGUCCCACUGUGAGGUCGAUGUAGAUGAGUGUGCCAGCUUCCCGUGUCAAAAUGGAGGACUAUGCCAGGAUGGUACAGGGAGGUACAACUGUAGCUGUCCCAUGGGUAAGAGACGGAUCUUCUCUAUUGUCUUUAACUUAUCAAUGUAUUAUAUUUUCCACUUACUCUCCUGCCUUUCAUUACUCUCCAUCAUCUUUCACGUUUAAUUCUGUAAAAGGUUUCCAAGGCGCUCAAUGUGAGGUUGAUAUCGAUGAGUGCUCCAGCUCUCCCUGCUACUUUGGCCAGUGUGUGGACCAUCUAGGAGCCUUUACAUGUUCAUGUCCCGAGGGGUACACUGGUUACAUGUGUGAGCAUGACAUUGAUGAAUGCCAGAGUCAGCCAUGUCAAAAUGAGGCUAUCUGCAAAGACCUACCUAAUGGCUUCCAGUGUCUAUGUCAGCCAGGUACCACAGGUAAUCCAUCAAUCAUUUCUCCCUUCUUCUACAAGCCUCGUCUUCCUCAAUCGUAUGAUUGCGCUGUUUCCUUUUUGUGCCUUGAAUACUGUUUCACUUGCCUCUCUAUUGUCCUUUAUGUUGUUUGUCUAUUGCUCUUCCUUUCUUUCGUAUUUUCUUUCUAUAAUUGUUAUCUUUUGAGUCUAUAUUGUUUCCUUAUAUCAGUAAUCCAGGCUAAUUUAGAGUGGUCUAACCUUUGAACUGCAGGGAUUCUUGACUAAACAAUAGCCAGCUUAACAACAUGAGAAAUCUAGAUGGUGUCAGUUAUUUGACCAACAGUUAACAUUUUUGGAGCUCUUCGUGUGUGAUACCCUACACAUUUUGUGUGUUUUGCAUAAAAUCGUUAGGUAGUGUGAUCUUUGUUUGCAGGUAGCACGGUCCUCUAGGGUAAACAACAGGCACAGUCCUUGUAAUUGCAUAUACUCCAGGCACUUUAUUUGUAAAUCCACACAGGAUACAGCAGUAAAUGAAAACAUAAAUGUAACACAAAACCCUAUAAAAAAAAACCUAGCUCGUCUGAGCACUAACUGACAUUAGGUUCCCUAUCUCUCAGGGUUAAACUAAACAAAACAAUAUUGGUUUCACCAACCUAGAGUCUUUGUCCACUCUCAGAACUCCAGUAUUUAGCCAGCCUGCUGCUUCCAACCUUUCAGAGAGAAACAAAACAUUCUCUCCCUACCUGCCUAGCAGGGAGGGAUUUAUUCCCACUGCUGCAGCCGAUUACCUGCAGCUGAGCAGUAGGUUGGAGACAGUCAAAAACCCUGGGCUGGAUCUAUGUCUUCCAAGAAAACUGCAGAGUGGAGCACUGGCCCACCCUGCUCUCCAAAUGCUCCACCCCAGGGGCCCAUAACUAAAUAUUCAUUCUGGUUACAUACACAGAAACAUACACUCCCCCUGGGGUUAAAAAUCAUAUGCCUCUCUAAACAAUUCUGUCGAGAUAUAGACUCCCUCACAGACCACCCCAUUCACCUUAUCACAGUAGGCAUUCCCAAAAAUGUAAUUAGCUAUUCUUUCUCUCCCAAUUUCUGUACCUUUCACUCUUUUGAACAGGUCCCACUUGUGACACCAAUGUGGAUGAAUGCGCCAGUAGCCCAUGUUUGCAGGGACACUGUAUCGACACAUUCAAUUCUUUCCAGUGUUCUUGUGAACCAGGAUACACAGGUAAUACAAUUUAUUAUCUUAAUCCAUAAACUAUACAACUAUUAAAUGUGCAAUACAUUAUUUUAUACUUCAAUAAUAAAACCUAGUAGGUGUAAAAUUGAUAAAGUUACUUAAAUACAAUUACAUCCCAAUUUAAGACUGCAACUGUUAAACCCAAAUUUCUUCCAGAAAUUGUCACAAAGUAAAAAUGUGAGAAUGACAAUGUUUAACGACUGACGUGUAUUCUAUGGCAUAAUGUGUCUGACUAGGUUGCACAGAACAGUGCAAGGUGUGGUUUCUUCGUCACUGGAUUAUUUUUCCUGUUUAAGAAAGAAAGCCUAUAGCAGUUUGUCUUUAAUUUUGCAAUCCUUGCCUUCAGUGCAUUCAAUGUCUUCUUUCGCAGCACGUUAUCAAAAUAAUAUCAUAAUGCACAGAUUUUAAUGAAUUAAAAAACUGUUAAUUAGACAGAUCCCAAAUCACUGGAUGCCUGGUCACAUAGCAUAGCUUCCCGCUCCCUUUUUAGCAGUAUGCCUAAUUAUAUAUCACUGUCUACAAUUCUACCUGUGGUAAUAGUAAUAUUAAUUAUAAUAAUACUAAUAUUCCAGUUGAUAAAUGAGUCAUCAUACUGAUACCGUAAAUAUAUUUUGAGUUUCUGACAAAAAAAAAAGCUAAGUACCACUUGGUUAUACAACGCCAUGGCGAAUGGAUAUUGUCCUUUAGGUCCGAAUAUGGCAGCUGUGUAUAAUAUUGAUACUUUCAGUGUGAUAUUGGGAAUUGUUGGCCCACCGAUAACCAUAAACACAUACUGUGUGAAAAAUCCAAAAGUGUGAGAAGGAAUGGACUAUAAAACAUUUCUCCCACAACUACAGUAAUUCUUGCUAAAUUGUAACAUUUUCUUUCUCACCUGGCAUUCUUAAUAAAUUCAAAUAUCCUUGUAAUGAUACAGUAUCGUAUUAUAAUUAAUCUCUCUUGACAUGCUCUAACUUCAAUUUAUAUCUCUUGAAUUCUCACUUUAACAGUCCUGUGACAUAUGUAUUAUCUCUGUCCGUAUGAUCUACCUUUGUCUUAGAUAUUCAUGCUACAUGGUAAAUAAGGCUGACUCUACCCUCAUUUUAUGUUCUUCAUUCACAGGCACUCUGUGUGAUACUGACGUUGAUGAGUGUCUCUCCAAUCCUUGUCAUAAUGGAGGAAUAUGCAAUAACACAGAGGGUGGUUUCUUGUGUCAUUGUCCAUUGGGCAGCCUUCCACCCCUUUGUACCUUAACAGACAUCGAAUGCAACCAAACAAACUGCAUCCAUGGCAGCUGUGAAACACAGGGCAACAGGUCAGAAUGUUAAUGUUAUUCCAAAACAUAAUCUAAUAACAGAUUAUGUUAAACAUAUACAAUAAACCUACAGAACCAUACCUCAAGCCAAAAAUCCAGAGGAGAUUGGGACAAGUGAGACAAGGUGCAAAUAAUGGUGCAGAAAACUGAUACACCAUACAGAAUAUAUGGUGUUAGUUAGGUCUUAGAUAUCAUGGAUUAUCAUGGGAUUAUUUGUGUUGUGUUAAUUGGAUGAGCUAUUACCAUUUUUAAAGAGGGAGCUUUGAGAUUUGCCAAAAGUGAAAGAGAUAGUGACGGUGCAUAAAUUCACUUUCUGUUGAAUUGGAAGACAAAUAAGACAGUGGUGAUUUGUAAAAUGAAUGCUGUUAUUGUGCAAUAUUAAUUGCUCCGAAGAAUGUGAGUUGGAAAUAGCUGGGAACUGUUUGAGAGGUUGUCAAGUGAGGUUAUAUUGGCACCAUACAAUAAAUCCAUAAGUAUUGAUUGGUUUUAGAUAUGAGCCCUGUACAGGGCAAAAAUAAUUGGUUCGUCCAAAAUGAUUCAUUCAAAAAAUACUUUAGUUCCGUCGGAUCGGAUUUCAAUGAUAUGGCAUUUUAGUUUGAACAAAGUUUGCUUACGGAUAUGUUUAAAGAAAACUGAUUUAAACAAACCAAAAUGGAGCAAAAAUGGAUGGAUAAUAUGUAUAUAUUUUACAAAGCAUGAAGAGGUGCAGUUUCACACAAUUUGGUUCACAGAUAAAAUGGGAAGAGGUAUCCAACAGAGGGAGAAAAUAAUGAGCAGUAAAACAUCUAUAAUUAUACAUUUAUUGUCUGUUCCUUAACCAUCAGUCAUGUGUUUUCCAUCAAUCAUUUGAUGCUAUAGAACUUUAAAUCAUGAAAUAAACAAAUCAGCUAGUUCAUUUUCUGUUUCAGUUGUUUUGUGAUUCGUACAUAUGGCAAUUUAGAAAUCAGACAAUUUACCCAUGGGCGAACGCCCAAGUCUACCAGAUUGUAUUUACACAAAGAAAUAUUUUUUGAGCAGAAACUUUCUUUUUUGAAUUCCAAAGACACGGAACAGCUCAGAAAAAGUAUUUUAAAUUAAAAGAUUACUCCAGCCCUUUUUAAAACAAUUUAUUUUUUAAUUUAAAAUGCCAUAUAGGGCAGCCAGCACAUCACGCGUCCAACCACAGGGCGCCCGACAAGUCACCCCCCCAACCCCGCAGCCCCCUUGGUUAGGGGUAACCAACCCAAACAAGCCACCUACGACAAACAGCUCACCUCCACUAAUGCAUGCAGACACCUAUACUCAGCACAGCACAGGGAGUCUGACCAUGACACAUGGAACUGACACAACCCUCACAUAGAGUACCAUCACCACCAGACCCACACUUGACGGGAGCUGCUGCAAUACACCAGAGUCCCAUCCCAAACACAAGGAUGCACAAAACAUCACAACACCUAUGUACUGAUCAAUAUGUUUUGUUUAACAUGUUACUGUUGUUCAAGAAAUUGUUAUGGCUCGACCCAAAAUGGUGCAAACCACGAACGACACAGAACCUCGACUUUUUAACUGUCGGUAAAAAUCAAAAUGUUGCACCAAAACUGAAAAAUAAAGAAUUUAAAAAAAACAAAUGCCAUAUAGGGCAUUACUUAUAGGUCCCUAGCCACCCCCAAACCCUGUUAAAAAACUUAAAACGUACCUGUAAUCCAGCGUCUGGCAAAGCUCCUAGUGCUGAUCUCCACUCCACAUACAAUGUCAGCUCUGCUCUCUCAUGCUCCAAUCACAGUCUUCUCAUAGAUCAUUUUACUAGCUCAGAUCACAUGUACACACAGAUGUAAAAUAUGUGAGAAUUAACAUUAGGUAGCCCGGAACAGAGUUCUUGGCUGCCUAAGUGACGAAUGCGAGGGUUGCAGCUAGCAAUGGUAUAACAAGGGUGUAGGGUGUAACAGGUGCAAAUUACUCUGGAUGUGCAAUGUUUCAAGCAGAUACACUGCAAAUUAAGACUCCUACAAACAUGACCACUUCAUAUCACUAAAGUAGUCAUGGUGAUUGGAGUAGCCAUUUAACCCCAUAAGGACCUCGGACGUAUCAGGUAUGUCCGACAAAAACAGUCCUUAAAGAACUAAUUAGAGCGUUGGAAGUGAUCAUGAUCGCUUCCAGCCACUCUAACGGUAUUGCAGCAAUGCUGUGAGGCAUUGUGCAAUACCCCUCCCCUCACUGCCGGGCCGCCAGGUGAUGACCAGCUGUGAAAAUUCCAAGUUGAAAACUGGAAUGCACACGCUCCAAAUAAGGUCUUUUAGCCCCCAGAGAACCUGACACACCUAUACAUGGGUGGUAUUACUGUACUCAGGAGAUGUUGCUGAACACAUAUUGGGGUGUUCCUUGGCAGUAACCCUUGAAGUUCUCAGUACAUGUAUAAUGGUAUUUUUAGAAAGACCAUUUAAUGGCGAGAAAAAUGGUAUAUAAUAUGUGUGGGUACAGUAAAUGAGGAAGAGGAAAAUUACAGCUAAACACAAACACUGCAGAAAUGUAAAAAGAGCCCUGGGCAUUAACGGUAAGAAAAUUGAAAAACGGUCUGGUCACUAAGGGGUUAAAGAAGGAGACUCGCAAAAGAGGCGGAAAGCUUUAGGUUGUGUUAGAUGACAUACUUAAUUGUAGAGUACCUAAAAAGAACAUAUAUAAUAUAUAUAUGUAUAUGUAUGUAUGUAUGUCAGAGCAGAAGACUAAUAUAAAGACUGAUUCUUGUAAGAUGCCAGCAGAGGAUGGGAAUAGAGGAGACAAAGAACUUAAAAAGAACAUAAGCACAAUAUUUAUAUUACCACCAUGUCCCCCCAAAUAAUGCUGUUUAUAUUAUCUGUCUAAUUAUCUAUUUUUCUAAUCAUUCUCGCUUCUCCUUUUUAUUCACACUUUUCACUCUCUCCUCUCUGUCUCACUUUUCUUGCAGAUCUCAGUGUGUUUGUAACCCUGACUGGACAGGUUCAGCUUGUGAUACUUACAGCCACGUGUGUGCCACCAAGCCGUGCAAUAAUGGAGGAAUAUGUCAGCCUCACCAUGAUGGGUUCAACUGCACAUGUCCUGCUGGAUACACUGGUAACAUAAAUAUUGACUACCAUAGCAUAAUCAUUGUCAAAUUGGGAAAGAACACAAACAUUAAUGCUUCGUAACCCUGUUUAUCUGACCCAUGUUUAAAUUAAGGUGUAUGCUUGGCCUUAGAUUCUGGGUAUAUGUGUUCAUGUGCUCCCCUAGUCACAGGUAGAUCAGACAUAGCUGCAUUACAGAGGAGGAUUAAGUAUAACCGAAUGUUUCCUAUCAUUACCAAUAAUUUCUAUUCCUCUACAUCAGCGGUUCCCAACCUGUGCUACGCAUACCCCCAGAGGUAUGAACCAGUUCCCCCCAAAAUUUGGUAACGGUGGAAUCAGGGGCAGACUGAGAGGUCGGGCAUUUUAGACACCCACCUGAGGAAGGAGCCCACCGCCUUACCACCCUGCCACACUUACAAACAGUUUCGUCAGCCUGCCUGAGUCUGACGCAAAUCACAAUGACUGCAUUUCUUGGGCCAGUCACUGCUCUUCCAGAGGAGGAGUGACCCAGGGAAGCAGAGGGACAUGGAGCCUAGUGUGCAUAUGAUUAUAUGAAAGCAACUAUACUAAUUACAAAACGUUUUUGAGGGGUACAAUUUAUGGCAAUCAGCUGUCAAGGGUUAUACAAAUGAAAAAAGGUUGGGAACCACUGCUCUACAUAAUCUCUUCAGUACAUAUAACUUGUUCAUACGUUAUAACCCCCACCAUACUUUGUAUUUCUGUUUCUUCAUUUUUAUAUUUAAGAGUCAGAGUUACAAGCAUAAUGUUGUUUUUUUUAAAAAAAAGAAUAUUAUUCUUUAUUCAUUUUUUUUUACCAUCUAUUAAUGCAGAUCUGUGGGAAUACCUUAUUUUAUUAUCACCAUUUAUAGUAGCCUUUUAUAGUAUAUUUUAGAUUGCAGAACACCCAGAAAUAGUUAAACUCUAACCUGAAUCAUAAAAAAACAACAUUAUUCCCAUACAGCCAUAGUGUAAUACAUGGUGAUUUCAUUUUAUGAGACUACCAUUCUAUGGAGCUCAGUUAUUGCCCUUAGAUUUCACUUUUUUUCACCAGUCAUUAAAUUUCUCUGAAAAUAUUAUAUUCUAAAUGGUUUAUUUCUAAUGUAUUACACACCACAGUCUAACGGGUUAGUGUGACCAUAAUUAUAUUGGGUAUAGAGGGUUAUGUUCAUUUUAUUUAUUUGUGCUAUGUUUUACCUGUUACAGGUACUCACUGUGAAGUACUCCUUCCUUCUUGUUAUUCGGACCCCUGUAAGAAUGGAGGAAAAUGUCAUCAGCUUCCAAACCGUACUCUCUCCUUGUGUCAGUGCCCUGAUGGAUGGCAAGGUCAGACCUUGUUAAACAGUGACAUUGUAAAUGUAGUACAAUAGAAUAGUACACUAGUAACAAUGUAACAUAGUCAUUAACAUGUAAUAAUGUAACAUAGUCAUACAUUAACAUAGUAAUAUAGUAACCUUAAAUUAUAAGAUUUAUCAUUUAUAACAAAUAAAUAAUAGCACAGUAACACAGAUAAUAGCAUAUUAAUGUACUCACAAUCAAGUGUUCACAUAAUAAAGUAAAUAAUAAGUGUCACACUAAGAUAGGAACAUAGAAACACAGUAUGACAUAUAUAGAAAGUACACAAUUCUAUGAACGGCAGUCAGUGAUGGGAGAUGCAGGAAGAAGUAAGGGGGGCCCUGGGCAAACAUGGCAAAUAUUGUGGCAUACUAUUGUCGUUGUUGUUUUUUUUUUUUUGUCUGUCUCUGUAUGUAUAAUUUUGUUUUACACUGUGUGUGUGUUUCUCUCUCCCUUACAUUUACUCACUCUUUCACCUUUACAAUAAGUCUGGUUAUUUUUUCAGGUCCCUUCUGUGAAGAAGAUGUGGAUGAAUGCGAAGGAAACCCUUGCAUAAAUGGAGGUAAUUGUUUAAACAGCCCUGGGAAAUACAGUUGCCUUUGCCCUGAGGGUUUCACCGGACAGCACUGUGACGCAAACCAAAACCACUGCCAACCAGGUGAGAGGGAUUAUUAAUAGAGCGCGAGUGUGGGGUGCCGCUUUAUAUUUACUUAUAAUAAGAACUGAUUCUUAGUUACAUAUUUUCCUGACUGCCAUCAUUAGCACUUUAAAAGUUUCAUUCCAUAUGAUGCUAUUAAAAGUGCUUACCAACUGCUUCAUUUCUGUAGGUAAGUGUCUUGCAUUCCUCUUUGCCCAGCAAGUUUGGAUUCAGUUCUUCAUGUGAUAUCUGUAGUAUUUCCAAUCAUUUAUAUUCAUUAAGCUUUAAUACAAAAUAAAUAAAUCAAAUCAUUUCAGUAUAUUUUUAUAUUAAAUAUUCAUAAAUAUUUUUUUAAAUUGCUGUUCUACCAUACUUUUAUAUUUUUCUGUAUGUAUUAGUAAAAAUUUUACCUAACACAAUAAAUGAGAUAAAAUAUAUUUGCUAUAUAAUUAAUUAAAAUGUUAUAGUGUAACUAUAUUCCACAGCACUUUACAUAUUAAUAUAUGCUGGGAGAAAUAUGGAUAUAUUAGUAUAAAGAAAUAUCGCUGUCUAAUUAGUCUUCCUUCAAUUACCUCAGUGCUUAAUUUACCUUCUUCUCUUUAUUCCAAAUUCUCCUUAACUGGCUUUAUUCCUGUACUCAUUUCUUCAAUGACUUAUUCAACAUUUUUCUAUAUGUCUCGCAGGCAAAUGCCAGAAUGGGGGUACGUGUCUCAAUAUUACCGAUUCUUUCUUGUGCUUGUGUCCUCCGGGGUAUGUUGGGGAGACAUGUCAGGAGUACAGGGAUGAAUGUGAAAGUUCUCCAUGCCGAAAUGGUGGAUUGUGCAGGAAUCAGGUCAACUCAUAUUCCUGCGAUUGUAUGAAAGGCUUUGAGGGGGAGAAUUGUGAACUGAAUUCUCAGGACUGCACCAACAGGUAAAAGGGAGAUCAGGGUCAAGAGAUAAAACAGAGUAUAAGGAUACAUGAGAGACGAAUAUGACCGAGAUAAAUGGUGGAAUGAAAUGUAACUGUAAUAGAAUACCUAAACGUUUACUGGAACUGGAAGGGUGGAAUAUAUUGUUGCAGAGGUUCUAGGUAAUUUCUUCUCAAACCAAGGCCACAAUCUAAUAUUUCUAGAUAAGCUUUUCAAAUGAUUUAAUAUAUUUUUCAAAUGUAAAAUCUUUGGGAAUUUUUGUAUACAAACCUUUUGAAAAGUUUAGCCAAAAAUAUUAAAUAAUUUGAAACAAUUAUACAAAGAAUAUUAAAUUAAGGCAAAAAUCCUCCAGUACAGGAAGCACUCUUGCUUUUUUCAUUACCUGCACUGGAACAUAACAUGAUAUUCUACAAAAGAAAGAAAAACCAAGAGAAAAUGAUCAUAUUUCGCUCUAUUUAUUAAUAACAUUGGGGAAAUGGAUUGUGCCAUUUGGCAAUUUCCAGCCAGUAACAAAAAAAUAGGUGGAAGUCUUUCUUUGGAAUUAUAGACUUACCCUUUGGUUUGUAUGCCCCUGUUGUGAUCAGUUAUGUAUGAAUUGCCUUGUAAAAUUUGUCAAAUUUAAAACUGUUUUUUAUUUAUUUAUUUUUUGCGCUUAUUUAAAAAAUUGGGCAAACUAGAUGGGCCAAAUGGUUCUUAUCUGCCGUCACAUUCUGUGACGUUUCUAUGUUUCUUGAAUCUGUAUUUUGUAUUUAUUUAGAAAUACAUGUUCUGGGUGCGCCCCAAAUUCCCCUUUUUCCGUCAUGUAUGAAUUUCAUAAGCUGUAACAAAACAGCUAAUAGUGAUAUGUGGAAAAUAUCAGACAUAUUUAAAGUGAGUAAAGUAUUGUAGGAUCUUAAAAGGAUUUUUGGAGGAGCGUAUCUUUAAUGUGUCUCCAUAUCUCUCAAAAUAUACCUACAGCUCCUGCUUCAAUGGCGGCACUUGUGUUGAUGGCAUCAACAGCUUCUCCUGCCUGUGUCCGGAAAGGUUCACAGGUGACCAGUGUCAACACAAGCUGAGUCACUGCAAUCCACAGCCCUGCGCCAAUGGUGGCACUUGCAACGACCUUCCAGACGGCUAUCACUGCUCCUGCACCCACAGUUACACUGGGAUCAACUGUGAGGUAAGGAAAAUUCUGCUAAAAUAAUAUCUGAAAGCAUAGGGUGGACAAAACUCUCCCGUGGAGGUAUGUCAUGAUAUAGCCCUAUGUGAUUUACAGGAAAACCAUUCUCCUGGGGUUUCAGGUACAGUCAGUAUAGUGUGUCGGAUAUUACCAUUAUAUAAUUUACCAAGAUGCACAUAAUUUACACACAGGUCCCCGUAGAUUUGUGUAUCUUUGCUCCUUGUCAAAAUGGAGGAACCUGCUCUCAGACCAGAACAACGUACAGUUGCAUCUGUGAAUUGGGAUGGAUUGGACGUCACUGUGAGACACCCCUGAUGACCUGCAAGGCGACAGCUGCCCGAGAAGGUAUCUACAACAGUUUUAUGUCACCACCAACCAUUUUUUCUGGAAUUCCUUUUACAGGAUAGAUGCUUCUUUCUUGCCUCAACUAAAACCUCAUUCUGAAAUUUUAAUUUAUCGAUUAAUUCCACUUCCAUUUUCCUCUAUUAGAAACCUGACAUUUUAAUUUUACCAUCUCCCUUUCUCAUCCAAACCAGGAAUAGAUCCAAACUCUCUCUGCGGUGGGCAUGGCAAUUGUGUGGAUUCAGGGUUGUCUCAUGUGUGCCGAUGUUUCUUUGGAUACUCUGGGCCAAAGUGCCAAGAGAAGAUUGAUCCAUGCCAACCAAAUCCAUGCCACAAUGGUGGUUACUGCAAGCAAGUCUCUGGUUCUUUCACCUGUCAGGUAAGAUUAAAAGAAGUAAGAAGAUCCUAUGAGAAGUACAACAGAAGAGCCACAGGAAGUUAAAAGUUUACUCCAAACACCAUGACAACUUCAGUGUUUUUAAAGUGGUGGUGGUGCUUGAAGCCUGUAUGUAAAGCAUUACAGUUUCAAAUGCAGCACAUACGGAGAUGUUUUAGAUGGCUGCCGGUGGUGUAAUUUCCCCUCUGCAGCAUCAUCAGCCAACUCAGUACAAAAGUUCUGGUAUGGCUAAGGACAAUUCUGUGCAUUUUCUUUCCACAGAGGGUCAUUCAUUAGCUGAGAGCAUACUCGUAGCACCAUAGGCACUACAGCAGUCUAUCGUCAUUACGAUGCUUGGAGUAAACCUUUAAGAAUUUCAUAGUUAGAGAAGUAGGACGACAAGAACAGUAGUGACAGACAUAUCUAUGGUAAAGCCACUGCAAAGUAUAGGAGGAUAUUAAGCAAAAUGAGGAAGUUUGUGAAAGAGGAAUAGGAAUCGUUCAAUUAGUAAGUCUAGAGAAAAUCUAGAGGAAUUGGAAGCUAGGUAGAAACAGGAGAGAAGUGUAGUUGUAUCUUUUGGUUGUUAAAUGUAUUAGUGGUGUAAAUUAUGUGAGAAUAGUCCAUAUUUUAUGUGUUCAGAAUGCAGAAUUAUAUAUUUAUAAAAAUAAUGUCAGUCUUUUCUGUCUCCUAUCCUGUAGUGUGCCCCUGGAUACCUUGGGGAGACCUGCACUGAGAGGGACCCUUGCCUGUCACAACCGUGCUUCCACAAUGGGCAAUGUGUAGCACAGGGGGGGAACUACCAAUGUAUAUGUCCUUCUGGAACUCAAGGUGAGAGGAUUGGUGAUCACUGUAAAGGUACAGAUAGAAAGAUAAACACGGUAUAGAGAGAGAUGGAGUUAAUGGGUAAACGAUUCCGGUGAUAACCAAAAGGCAGGCAACCUAGGGAAUCUAUAAAAACAAAGAGGUUGUACCACAAGAAUACAAUAAAAUAAUGUUGUCAGUGUGGCGGAACCAGCCUCGCCACUGGGCAUUGGAGAAGACUGAUUGCCAGCCUCCUGCCCUGUGACUAUGGCCCCAUGUUGAAAGGAUGGAUUUUCCCCUGCAAAGACCCAAAAGCUGGGUCAUUCGGUACUUUCCCUACGUGAGCAGUGUUACCCAGAUAGCUAUGCCAUGGAGCCCAUUCGUAUAAUGAAAGACCAUGGGAAAGACUUUGGCUCCAUGGCAAUUGAACUGUAUGUGUGUGCUCUGAGCGCCAUUCAGUAAUAAUGUGCGCUCAGAUCUGAGCUAUCUGGGGAUAUGUUGAAUGUACCUGUUUUGUGCAAUGGUUGCACAGUUAUAUGUUUUUAUGUGUUUUAUUGUCUUUUGCUGCCUUGUGUUCAAUGGAGUUUUGCCUCUGUCCUUGGAGAUAAUUGGAUUACUUUGCAAUUAUCUCCAGGAUAGAAGACUCUGUGGAACUGGUUUUGGGCAGAGAAGCCAUGCUUCCUUUGGUCACAAAGGACUACGAUUUAUCUUUUGAACCACUGGACCAAUUUGUAUGAUUUUGACAUAUGUUUGUAUUUGGAGUAUGCUGAUUCUGAAAAUGUAAAUUUUAUGUGAAUGUGAUGCAUACUUUUCAAGUUAUGAAUAAUGUGGAAAACUGUAUUUCUCUGGCUGUGAUAAUUAAAUUACCCAUUGUGUAAGGUAAUUGUAUCACAGGCAGAGGGGAGGAUUUUGUGUGGGAGUGUCUGAGUGUAUUGUACAUGUUUAUUGGUUGUUUUACAAAACCCUGUGGGUGGUACUAAUGUGUAAGAAUGUGUACAUAAGAACAAUAAACCCACAGCUCUGGAGUUCCUGCUUAACCCUCAAAGUGAAGUGUCGUCUCAUUAUUGGGGGAGGAUUUAUUGUAUGCUGUUCCAGUUUGACUGCUAGGAGUGUAAACCUAUUCGCAUGGUUUUUCCUAUUUGGCUGUAUACAACAUUCAUAUGCUCCUACGGUUCGGUGGUUAUGGUGUCUGCUGCAGUACUUGAAGUCCACAGGAAGUGCUAGGAGCAUCCUUCAACGGAGGUACCCAGGUGAUCCGUUACAGUCAGUAUUCAAAUAAAAUAGUCCAGAAUAAAAAGGAAUACCCCUUUAAAUGCAAUAUAAGCUCUUGGGUAGAUGGUAGAUUCUUCUACUGGAUAGUAGGUUCCUUGGUAAGAUCCAAAUGUAAAGAACAGGAAAUCCAAAAGUGCUAUAAAUCAAUAUAAGCAUGGUGUAUAUAGUAAAACAAUGGUAUCUUACUCACAUUUAAUGGAGCUAUGACCAGCUCUAGUUGUAGUAGCGUACAGUGGUAUAAUCCCCACUUACGGGAUAUGUGGAUAAGUGUUCGAAGGAGAGGUAGUUUUGUUGAACCCAAAAUUACAAGAAUAUAAAAAGGCAGAUAACAGUCCUCUCUGUUGCAAUAAAAAAACGCUAAAAUAAUAAUUGCAGUGAAUACUCACAAAUAAAGAGCAGGCAUACUGCUCUAUGGAUAAGACGCCGGGGGUAUAAUCCCCACCUAGGAUUUCUUUGGAGUAGUCAGGAAGCCAGAAAGUAAAUAGGAUAAAAUAAAUAAAUCUAAAACAAAAAGGUAAUUUGGCACAGUAAACAAAUAUUGAGACAAAAAAAUACUUUAUUAGAGAAAAAAAAAAGUAUUAUUUCCAUAAUGCGUUUCACCACAUAGGACUUUAGCAAAUGGAAGCAAGACCUAAGGAAUGUGAAUACAAAAUGAUGAGACAAACAGGGUGAAAACCUGAAAAAACUUCAAAAAUAGUGAUAUUGACUAGGAUAUUUCUUACAGACAAGACAGUUAUUAUAUGAUUGACAUGGGAAUGAAUUCCUAUAUAUAUAGGCCAGGAAAGCUCCUCUCUCGAUAUAGAUUCAGCUUACCAAUGACCUAAACCACCUUCACAGAUUGAAUUGGUGCCAGAGCCAAUAUCAUAUUCCAUAGUCCAAAACCGUGUCUAUAACCAUGGCAUCAAUCUGAAGACCUGCUGGGAUCACAAGCUAUACAGGAACAGGAAUUAAUACAAGGCUAAGAAGCCUUCAGCAUGGCACCCACAAUGGGAAGGUCCUACAAGUCGCAGCCAUAAAGGACCAGGAUUCUCCUAACUGUCCUGGGUCUGCUGGAUCAGUCACAGUAAGACACUCAUCACCUGUCUAUCUGCAUUUUUACGAAUGUUCAGCUUUUUGGGGGCACCACAGAAGUAUCAACAAAGUGUAGCAUGAAUGCACCAUUAAACAAAAUGGCAGUGUAUGGGAUCCAUCCAGGACAUUAGCUCUGGAUGGGUCUCCUGACAUUACUACAACUUCACUUACUGACUCAAUAACGGCUCUCUCAGACAGACUUCAUUACUCAUAUGGUGGUAAAAGCUGGCUACUUCUUUAGGGAAUCAUUCCUUUAUCGCCUGCCAGUAAUAUCUAAUUUCAGUAGUCUACUUAAACAUUUUUACAACAUUGUUUGCCCUCCAUGUUGGUUAACCGAGAAACACGAAGUUUCUGAGCUGCAUUUCCCACAAUGCUUUGCCAGCACAAUUGGUGUGCCACGCUUAGCCCAAUCUGCAUUAGAGUGUGUAUGCUAACUGAAAACAUCCCGCAUGCACCAUUUUAUUGAUUGCUUUGACUAACUCAGUCUUACUCCAUUUUCUCAGGUGACCACUGCCAAAUUAACUUUGAUGACUGCACCCCUCUAACAUCUGAGCCACGCUGCUAUAAUGGGGGGACUUGCAAGGACGAGAUUGGAAGCUACUCCUGUUUGUGUCCCCCGGGGUAUGUCGGGCCCAGGUGUGAAGGGGAUGUGAAUGAAUGUUUAUCCAAUCCCUGCCACCUACAGGGAACACAAACCUGUGUGCAUCUUGAGAAUUCCUACAAAUGCCAAUGCCAUCCCCAUUAUACAGGUAUGGUAUGAAUAAUGCUUAAAUACUCUGAUGUGGGGCCGCCUCUGCCCUUCCUGUCUCUUUACUGCUCUAUCACUUUUCAUUUAUUGCUUGUACUUUAUGCAGAUUAUAUUUUGUUUUCCUCUUCUGGUUUUCUUAUAUCAUUCCCUCACAAUCAUUACAAACACAACUUAUCCCAGUCUCCCUUUCUUCUUCAUCUGCUCUUGUUUGCCAAUCCUGCGGAUCUUGCUCAUUUUGCCUUCUGUCCCUUUGCUCCUAACCCUUUAUUCUUCACACAAUCUCACUUCUGUACCUCUGAUGUAUUUGUGUUCUUCUGUCCCGUACUCCCAAUUCAUGUUCCCUGCCAUCUCUUCUUCCUCUAAUAUCAACGUUUUAUUUUCCUUUUACCAAAUACUUUCCUAAUUUCCUGGGUAAUUUGACCUGUCUUUUCUCCCUUAUCUCACCCUGCUGUCCUCUUAUGUCCAUUUUCAACUUUCUCAUGUUCUCCCUCUCCCACUUCUCGUUUCCUUUAUCUUUCUCCCUCUGGUUAGUCCUGUCCUCUUUUGCUCUCUCUGGUCAUUUCUCUUGAUUUCUCAUCUCUCUGUGUCACCUGUGUUGUAAUCUCUUUCUCCAUCAUCUAUUUUCUAUUCCGUCCAUUUCUCUCCAUCCCUAUCCUGUUUCAUCUAUUGAUCUCACCUAUAUUCUACUCUGGCAUCUCUCUCCAUCCCUAUCCUGCUCCGUCUAUUGAUCUCACCUAUAUUCUACUCCGGCAUAUCUCUCCAUCUCGAUCCUGCUCCAUCUAUUGAGCUCACCUAUAUUCUACGCCAACCAUAUAUCUCCAUCCCCAUCCUGCUCCAUCUAUUGAUCUGACCAUCUCUCUCCAUCCCUAUCUUGCCCCAUCUAUUGAUCUCACCUAUAUUCCACUUCAGCCAUAUCUCUCCAUUCCUAUCCUGCUCCAUCUAUUGAUCUCACCUAUAUUCCACUUCAGCUAUAUCUCUCCAUUCCUAUCCUGCUCCAUCUAUUGAUCUCACCUAUAUUCUACUCCAUCCAUCUCUCUCCAUCUCUAUCCUGUUCCAUCGGUUGAUCUCACCUAUAUUCUCUCCAUCUCGUCUCAGGUCAAAAAUGUGAGAAGAUAAUGAAUUACUGUGAAAAGAAUCCUUGUUAUAAUGGAGGAUCCUGUGCAGUUGCCACCAAUACUCCCCUUGGUUAUACUUGUAGCUGCCCACUGGUAAUUAUCUCUAAUUCAUGCUAAUUAUCAUGAUUGGCAUUUCAUUCGAACUUUGUAACAUAUACCAUGUGUCAGUGUCUGCAGAUGACAAAAAGUAGGUAAGAUACAGUGUGAGCAGCAUAUUACUGCUCUUCAGAGGGAUUUGGAUAAAUUAGGCGACUGAGCAGGUAAGUAUGAUGUUAUACUAUAACAUAUAUAUGCAGAACUAUGCAUAAAUGCAGAUAUAUAAAUGGGUAUUUCUUGAAGUCCUGACAAACUACUCAUACUAAUCAUACUAGUAUAGUGACACCUUGUGGUCAAUGUAUGUAUUACAGCUGGUAUUGAUACAAUUACUGUUACCUUUUGAAGACAGAAUAGUGGUAGCUAAGAAUUUGGAUGAUGACGUUUGUACUGUCCCCCCAUUUUGGUGAGAUUCUGUAAUCAUUAUAUAAAUUACAGACAGAAUAUCAUACAGUUAUCAAGUAUAGUUCUAGUGAUCAUUAUUCAUGAUGUCAGUAUCCCAUAGAAUUAGAUACUAGAUAAAGUGACAUCCAGUGGCCACUGUGUGUAUUACAGAAAAAGUAUUUAUGUAAAUUCCGUAUUCCACUAAUAGAGUGAAACUAUGUGAUUGAUUUAUUUCUCUCUUAUUCUGUCUAUCCCUCAUUUUCUGGUUUUUAAACUAUUGUAUUACUUUUUUAAUUCUCCCCAGGGAUAUUCGGGGGCCACCUGCAGUGACUCGAUAUCACCGUGUGGUCCCUAUACUUGUUACAAUGGAGGUGUAUGUGAGCCUGGCACGGGGGUACUCCCUCGCUGCCGGUGCUCCAGAGGUUAUUCUGGCCCACAAUGCCUUGCACUCGUGGAACCCAGUGCUACAACUACAAGUACCUACCCUCCUGCCUUAGUGGGACCCUGGGAGCAGUGUACAGACCAUGAGUGCAGGAAGAAGUUCAGAAACAGUGUCUGUGACAGCGAGUGCAACAACAAGCCAUGUCUAUAUGAUGGCUUCGAUUGUAACAUCACAAGAUCCUGCAAGUAGGUCCAUCGAUGCAACUCUCUGUGUAUGUGGGAUUGGGCCUGUGUCCAUGUGUACAUACUGGAACUGUACAACAUACUGUUAAUGUAUUGUAACUUUCAUUUUUGAGUCUGGAAUCUAAUUAAUAAAGAUGACCCUGUCUGCCUAAUAACUAGAAUGCAAACCAUACUUACGAGUAGAAGUAACAAGGAAUCGAGUGAGCCUGUUGUCACCUUGUUUGGACAAAGGUGCUGUAUAGAGUUAAUUAACGUGUGAGCCGAGCAAGGGUCAUAGAAUAGUUUCCCCUCCUCAUAUUUAUUGUAAUACGAGUAUUUAUCACUAGUUUUUAUUUACAGAACCAUAAUAAAUACUCUAUGGGUGGCUAUAACAUUGUGGAUUUUGCAGGUUCUUGUAGCUUAAAAAGUCUUAAAUAAAUUAAUUUUAGAAAUCUCCAUCACUGUAUCUAGCUUUACUGGAACUGACACCUCUGUCUAUGUUUUUCUGUUUUAAACACUAACGUGAGAAUAGUUGGUCAUUUAAAGUGAGUUUAAAAUUUUGGGCCAAAGUUUAAUCUUAUAAAGUUUGUUAUGCCAUACCUCCCACAUGUGGCCUCUUCAAAUCGGGACAGUCCUGAAGGGGCAUCGCCAGUGACGUGAAUCAAUCUUUUAUUCAGUGGUGAGAUUUUCAGAAAAGCAGGAUAUCUCAAAAUGUUGUGACCUCUUCAAUUAAACAGGAUGUGCUAGAUUAAAAUCUCUUCCUUUGAACUUCAAGACUGUAAAAGGAAAUUAUUAACUUGUAGUGAUGUCCCGAACGGUUCGCGAACAGUUCGCCACGAACAGUUCGCCACGAACAGUUCGCCGCGGACUCAUCAUUGAGUUAACUUUGACCCUGUACCUCACAGUCAGCAGACACAUUCCAGCCAAUCAGCAGCAGACCCUCCCUCCCAGACCCUCUCACCUCCUGGACAGCUCACUAAGAAUGCAGCUUCACAAUGAAUGUAAAAUGGAUGCUGUCCAGGAGGUGGGAGGGUCUGGGAGGAAAGUUUACUCAAUGAUGAGUCCCUGGCGAACCAUUCGCGAACCGUUCGGCGAACCGUUCGGGACAUCACUAUUAACUUGUUCCUGAAGAGAGUCUCCAAUCCCAUAAAUAUUUUACUAUGUAUUGACUUCCAAAAAGGCGAGCACAUUUCCAGUUUUGGUUUCUAACACAGGAUUUAAACAUGUUCAGGUUGAUUCACCAUGUAUAUGUGCGGCCAUAUAUUUAUCUAUAUAUAUUUGUAAAGUCACAAAAUGCACUUCCAUUUGUCAGUAGUUUUUAUUUUAUAAGCCUAUCCAUAGAUAUGUAUGUCGCAUUCGUUAUUGCUUCUGACUUGUGUCUUGACAUCACUCUCUGUGUUUCUACUCCCAAUUCUUCAUCUUAGUCCUCUCUAUGACAAAUACUGCCUUGAUCACUUUGCCAAUGGUCACUGCGAGAAAGGAUGUGACAAGGAAGAAUGUGGCUGGGAUGGAGGAGACUGCUUGAGAGAAGAAAGUGACUCCCUUGGUGGAACUCUGAUCUUGGUGCUGAAUUAUGCUCCCCCUGUGCUACACCAGAGAGAUAUAAAUAACCUCUUACGUUCUCUGUCCAUCUCUCUCCGAACUGGCGUGAAAUUACUAGCAGACGGCAAAGGUGACAUGCUUUUUAGGUAUCGGAAAGGAGACAAUCUGAAAGAGUUGUCACCAGAAGUAAUGCACAGGUGGGAGUAUGGAACAAUGAAGGCUGAAGGAGAAGAGAGUGAAAAGGAGAGCAGCACUAUUGGGUAAGAGGGAAACAGAGGAAAGUGGUGUGAGUAGACUAAAUCAUCUUAAAGAGGAUAUGGGCAAUAGCAUUUUCUACUUUUUGAAGUUAAAUGAUAAAGUGUUGUGUUAGACCACAGAUGGGGAAGUAAAUAUAAGUCUAGUUAAUAUAAUUGGAAUGCUGUGCUUGACUUAGAAAAGCUAUGGACUAUAACAAGUGCCUUUUUUGUUGAGUGGGCCAGUGAGAAGUCAGAUUGCAUAAUGGGGAACGUAGAGAAGAAGGGGAUUAAAAUCACUGGCUGUGGACAAAACUCUCAAGGAGCUUAUAUCAGUAAAAAAAGAAGAGAGAUGUGUCAGAGAAGGUCACAGCCAGACAUUUUGAGAGGAGCAGUGAUAGCAGUCCCUUUGAUGGAGUUGAAGUAGAACCUAGAUGAGAACGGUGGGCUAUGUUAGGGAGGAGAGUGGUCAAUGAGAGAAGGAAGGACAGAUAUGAAUGCAUGAGAGUGGGUUGGAAGAGCAGUGAUGUUGUAGAGUUUCUGUAAAACAAGGAGAUUAUUAUUAUCCAGUUGCUGUAUUUAGACUUUUCUAAGCUGUGCUGUGAAUGCACUUUAUCUCACUUCAUUCAUAAACAAAAAACACAGCUAGUGAAGAUCAGCUCACACACUUGUCCCCAUUCACCUCGGCACCACAUGAAGCUAGUGCCUAACUGCACCGAAAAAAAUGCCACGAAAAGUGCCCUAAAAAAAAAUGCCACUCAAAAGUGCCUGGUGCUAUCAACAUGUGAAACAAGGGGGUUUAUUCAUUUUUUUUUUUUUUUUAUCCCCCUUGUUUCACAUGUAGAGAGCACUAUGCACUUUUGAGUGGUAUUUUUUGAGUAGUAUUUUUUAGAUAGAGCAGGUACUGUGGCUGUGGAAAGUCACUAAGAUAUGAAAAUGUCAUAGACCUGCACUCUGUUUCGCACACCGCCUCGAUAAACCAGAAUUCCCAUUGACUGUACUACUAUAGUGAUGUCCUAUUAGCGUCACUCCCUUUAGCCAGCAGUGGGGCCCCUACAGCUUUGGGCCCACUGUCCAAGACCAAUUGGCCAAGUAGUCAGUCUACAUCGUGUAUAGUGCUAAAUACUGUGGAUUCUGAAAUUACCACGUUAGCUGUGGAGGGACGGUCUUUGGGUGCUAAAGAAAGCCCAUGUUUUGUUUUAUCGUCAAAGCCCAGAGGUUCUCAACCUAGUCCUCAAGGACCCCCUAGCAGUCCGUGAUUUAGGGAUUACCUGGGUGUGUCUAAGGUGUUUAGAAAAAGAAAAAAAACACACCUUAGACGCUAAGGUAUUUUUCUUUUUCUAAACACCUUAGACACACCCAGGUAAUCCCUAAAUCCUGGACUGGUAGGGGGUCCUGAGGACUGGGUUGAGAACCCCUGGUCAAGUCCCUUUCAUGGUUUUUGUGGUGACAGCACCCAUAGUCAAUACACUGAACUGACGGACGUGGUACUUGAAAUAAUGAAAGUGGUUGUGAAAAGCAUUGGUGACAAAGAGGGUACUAGAACUUUAAUUGAAUGAAGAGUGUUUUAGUUGUUGUUUUAUCUAAUAGCAAUACAAUUUUAGUUACCACAGCUCUACUACAAAACAGAUGGUUUUAUCUUCCCAAAUGUUGAUUUACAAGAAUCUAAGAUUAAAUUAAAAUCAUCAGGCUAACAAGCCAUGAAGAGUUAACUACAUGUUUGUUCGUCCACCCAUUGUAAAGCGCUGCGGAAUUUGAUGGCGCUAUAUAAAUAACAUAAUAAUAAUAAUAAUAUACAGAACUAGACUUUACCACAUCACAAGUUACAUGCUGAUGGAGGAAGGAAGUGACAUCAUCCGAGUUUCACAUAAUAUAAACGUCUGAGCAACGGAAAAAAAAACAACAACAAUACACAGUAACACUUACAGUAAAUGGUUUAAGUUUUAGAAUGAGCCACCAGCUAAGGACAGAUGGUGGCAGCUAAACCCAUGUAUAUUCUUAUUAGGAACACUGCACUGUAUGCUAACUAAAACAUGGCAGUUUGACGAGGACUAUUGGGAGCUGUGUGUGGCUUUGUACCACAUACCCCAUGAGAUAUCUGUGGAUAACAUUGUUUGCACAGUUAGUUAUACAGUGGAACUGCAUGGCGAUUACAAAUAGCCAAUGUUUGUGUUUUUUGCUGACCCUAAAGGAACAGUCGCUCUCUAUUUCUUUCAGCAGAAAUUCAGCCAGCUCCCUACUGAUUCUACUGAAUAUUCUGAUAUUCAAUACGAGGAUUCCUUUUAGUUAAAAUGUUGGUUUUUCUUCCGCCUGUUUAGUGUAUAUUGUUUUUUUUUUGCUUUGUUACAUGUGACAAAGGUCAAAUAAAUGAUAUAUAAAUAGUCACAUACAGUGGAGUUUAAUAUAUAAACAAUCUUAUAUUUAUAUUAUUUAUGAAGUUCAUACUGUGAGUAUAUAAAAGUGCUGAAUAAACAAGUACAUCAGUAUUCCAGCCCUGAAACUGUUAAUGGGACAUUCACAAACGGCUUGAUUUCUUACAGUGGGAGAGGGGCCCUUCUUGCACCAUAAUCAUUAGAGAGUUCUGCAGUUGUUAUGGUGCUUGGAUUGAUCCUUUAAGAAAGGUAUCUUUAUAACAACCACAUCCCACUGUCUGCAUUGAUUACGUGUUGCCCCUUUGCAAAUUGUAGGAUGUGGUCAUUAUAAAGAGUGUUUUUUUUUGUGCUGCUUAUAAACAUUAUUUAGAGAAUCAUUGGCUCAGUCAUUUACCAUCUCCUAUUACCUUCCUGUUAAUCCAUUCCAACUUCCAAAGCUUCUAUCAUGCCACUUGUUCACAUAUCUGUAAAACUCCCUCGUACUGUUACUGGUUUACUAUAUCUGACAGAGAUACAAUGUUUAUUCCCAUAUUUUCCAUAGCUGUGUCCUGUACCUGCAUGUGUUUGGCACAAAGUAUGACCAACCUCCCUGCUUUCAUAGUGCCAAGGAAGCAGCAAGUUUCCUGGAAGCAAUCCGUGAAAAAAAUGAAAAUAUUCUUCCUUACUCUCUGCUCGAAGUCCAACACAACGAGGAUGGUAAAAGUACAUGUCAACUCCACCAACCAGCCAUUUGCAAAUUACACAGUAUAUCACUGUCAAGUAUCAAAACUCCCCUCCUCAGCCAACACUCUUCAUCUCUACCUGUGACGCACAACAUGUUACUUAAAACUCCCCAUCUCUUAUGAUUCCAUCAAUGUAGCUUUAUAUAUCUUUUACUAUCCUUACCUUUUGUGUCACUAUACCCCACUCCCUCUAGCAUGUAAGCUCAUUGAGCCGGGCCCUCAAUCCCUCUGUUACUGUGUCACUAUACCCCACUCCCUCUCGCAUGUAAGCUCAUUGAGCCGGGCCCUCAAUCCCUCUGUUACUGUCACUAUACCCUACUCCCUCUAACAUGUAAACUCACUGAGCAGGGCCCUCAAUCCCUCUGUUACUGUGUCACUAUACCCCACUCCCUCUAGCAUGUAAGCUCAUUGAGCAGGGCCCUCAACCCCUCUGUUCCUGUGUGUCCAACAUGUCUGGUUACAACUACAUGUCUGUUCGUCCACCCACUGUAAAGUGCUGUGGAAUUUGUUGGCGCUAUAUAAAUAAUAAUAUAAUAAUAUUUCCACCCCCGAAGCACCUACUUCAUUGGCAUUUCAAAUCUUCAGCUAUACAACACCUUCUUACCUUCCUAACGCGCAAUAUUUCCACCAACAUCUGUUUCCCCUCGAUUUCGUCUCUCCAUUUCCACAUCCCCUUUACCCCAUCACUUUGUAUUUCCAAUAAUUUUUGUUUCCUCUUCUCCCAUUUGCUUCUCAUUUUUCUCAGAAUUUAUAUUUUCAUUCACAAAUUCCAUUUUUAUCCCCGAUACAAUUCUCUUUCUAUCUACUCAAUGGUUGCUAUAUUUUCAUCCCCCUCCAUUUUAAUCACAAACCUUGGAAAUGUGUUAAGGUUUAUAAAUGUUCUCAAUGUUUGUACUUUUUAUUAUAAACUUUCCCUCACCACAAUUCUCUUACAGGUUUCACCAAACCAUUCCAGCUCCAAUGGCCAUUGGUUGGAGCAUCUAUUGGAGUGUUGUUGGCUCUAAUAUUGGGGGGCUUCAUUGGGGUACAUCUAAGCAGAAAGCGUCAGCAUGGAGUUCUGUGGCUGCCUGCAGGUUUCAGCCGUCAUCGAGCAGCAGAUGGUAGCAGGAGAAGAGAACCUGUUGGAGAAGAUUCUGUCCGACUCAAGUAAGUGUGUAAAAUAUUGGUGUAUGAAGUUGUGAGAUUUAGAUUCUAAAAAAAACUUCUUAUAUUUUAAAAUUAAUUACAAAUAAAUAUAUCUAAACAGGAGCGUAUUCUUAUAUGUAUAUAUUUUAUAUUUUAUUUUAUAGUUGUGGAAUUCUCAGACUCCCAUACUCCCUAAAAACUAUAUUUCUCUUUGGCUUGCUCCAUAAUUUAAAAGAUGUACAACUGAGUCUAGUAACCCAUCUCUGACCUCUCACUUUUCCCUCCACAAAUAAAAAUAAACAGAUAUCUAAAUACCACAAAGACAAUGCAAACGUUUACCAAAAGAUAUAAAAGCACAUUAAAUGAUAUCUGAAAUAAAAAUACACAUUUGCAGUCAGAGUAGGCAUCCCAGUAAAUCUGUCUAUACUUGUGUCUGCACUAAAACGCCUGGUUAGUAUUUCUAGGUAAAAUUGUUUCGAUACCUUUAACUCUCUCUUUCUCAGGCCAUUAAAACAUGACUCUGUUUACGAUGAAGAUUCUUCACCUGAGGAAGGCAUUGUGCAGCCAAAAUCCAGAAGACUGAAGGUGAUAUACACAUAUUUCCAUCCAUUGAUAUAUGUUCAUCAUUCUGCCACAUUUUACAGUUGAGCUCAUCUACCUGUAAAUUAUUUUAACAUUUAAGCUUACAGAGGAUUCUACUAUUCUUGAUCAUCGCCAAUGGAGUCAGCAACAUAUUGAUGCUGGAGUUCGCUUCCCACAAUGCAUUGCUCUCACACCUCCCCAAGAGGACCCAGACUGUAGAGACAUCAAUGUUAGAGGUCCAGGUACUCAAACCGUUAACUCUGUAUCACUGAGGUAUUGUUUUUCUCAUAAACCCUCUGAUUUCCUUUAUGUAUCACCAGUAAGCAAAGCAUAGUAUUGCAUUUUUAAUACUGCAUUUAUUUGCUGAUGUACAUACUUCUGCCAUUCUUCAGGAUCCAAUUUAAAAUUUUACAGAAAAAUGUGGACCUAAAUAUUUUAGAAUGGCUUACAUCAAUGUUUUUGUGAACUGGUUUGUUUGAAUAAUCCUACCCCUGAUGUUUUCUUGUGUAAUAGAUGGAGUUACUCCACUCAUGUCAGCAAUCUGUGCUGGAGGUGGCCUGGAACCAGUUGGUGGUGGUGGAGAUCCCCCAGAAGUGGAGACUUCAGCUGCAGUCAUUUCUGACCUCAUUGGCCAAGGGGCAAGCCUCAAUGCUCAGACAGACUCCACCGGUGAGACAGCCCUUCACCUAGCUGCUCGAUUCGCAAGGCAAGAUGCCAUCAAGUGCAUGCUGGAUGCUGGAGCAGACACCAAUGUCAAAGAUAGGUUUGGGAGGACUCCACUUCACACAGCUAUUGCUGCGGAUGCUCUAGGUGUUUUCCAGGUGAUUUAGUGGGAUGGAGUACGUGGGAUUAAAGAAAAAAGAACGUUAUGAGACAUUUUGUGAAACAGUCUGAGAAACACGGGGUUGGUACAAACAUGGGAGAAAAGUCUUCGUUCACCUAUUCUUCAAAGAACAUUUUCUUGUGUGGUUAGUUGUGUGAGCAAUUGGCUUGUUUCCAUUAUUCGCUAGUUAGGGGAACAUUUUCCAAAUUGUACUGAUGAUGAGAUUCAUUUGUUGCCCUACAUGGAGACAAGCACAUAGCACAGCACCAGGUAUACUACUGCAGGGGCCUUGUGGAUUGUCUAUAUAGCAAACUCCUUGAUUUUUAUUGUUUUUGUAAUCAUUGUGCCAUUAAUUAACCAUUAAAAAGUGUAUGAGUGUUUCUUUCAAAUCUGGGACAUAGCUUUAGAAAGACUUAAGAGGGGAAAUUUUGGUUGCCACAUAUGUGUGAUGAAAUGAACAGUCAUGCAGAUUAUGUUUGGACUUGUGAAGCUAACAUUCCAUAUAACUAGAUGGCUGGAAAUUUAAAUUUGUUUUUUAAUUGUAAGAUGACUGCUUGAAUUUGCUGCUAAUUCACAUUGCAAGUAGAUGAUGACUGCAAAUGUUUGUCACUGAUUUUUACCCAACAUCUUCCUCAAUAACAAUUUUGAUGCCUACCUUUGAAAAUCUGUGCAAACAGUUCAAAUGGCAAAUACCAAAACGUUUCACACGGUUUCUUCACGUGCAAACAAGAUUCUUCACAUCAUAAUAUUAAAAUAUCUUUAAAAAUUUUACAAAAUACCAUUUGCAGAAGGGCAAUGAAAGAAUAUAUAUCAAUACAAAAUAAUCCUUUUUAUCUUUUAUAAUGAAACAUAUUGCUGAUUUCACAAGUCUUCUCAACCUAAAUUCUAAAGUUUUUCUUUCCUCUCUAUAGACCCUACUACGAUGCCGGCAAACAGACAUAGAUGCUCGUAUGAACGAUGGAUCCACUCCACUCAUCUUGGCAUCUCGUCUCCCAGUACAAAACAUGGUGGAAGAGCUGGUGUCUUGUGGAGCUGAAAUUGGCGCAACAGAUAACAGGGGUUUGUGAUGACAUUAUAAAUAUAAACUAUCAGGAACUUAAGAUCCUGUUAUUAAGAAUUUGUGUCUCUAUUUAUUGUAUUAUAUAUUAUGUACAAUUCCCCAUCUCCUCUAACUAUCUAUUUCACCUUCUCCACAGGCAAGUCUGCAUUGCACUGGGCAGCAGCCGUUAACAAUGUGCCAGCACUAAGGACUUUGCUCUGUAAUGGAGCAAACAAGGAUCUCCAGGACAAGAGGGUAAUAAUUUAAACUAUUCAUGUUCUACCUUUGUUUGUUGACCCUUCCACUUCUUCUUCUUAUGUUUUUUGAACCUCAUCUUAUAAUCUUCCUCCAUCUUUAUCUUUUCUUUCUCAUCUGUGUUGCAUACUUAUUUUUUACCAUCUUAUUUCCUCCUAACUUUCCAUUUUUAAAAAACUUCCAACCAGGAUCAGACUGCUCUCUUCCUUGCUGCCCGGGAAGGUAGUUUUGAGGCUGCCAGAAUUCUAAUCGAACAUCAAGCAGAUCGAGAUCUUACUGACCAUAUAGGGCAUCAGCCACGGCAUGUUGCUCGAGAGCGAGGCCAUAGGGACAUCCUGCAACUUUUGGAAGAGCGUGGACCUUUGGUUAACAGAAGUACUUCUGUAACACCUUCUACUGGAGGUCCUCAUUUAAAAAAGAAUCAACGACCUCGACCCAAGGACUCAGUCAAGCCUCCCCCUUUACCACACAUAGACUUGAGCAGCUCCUGUUAUCACAAUGCCCCACCUCUUUCAGCACCACCGUAUGUUCCUGGUCCACCAUCAGAGGGCAACUGCUGUCAGUCACACCACCCUACAGUCAACUAUGGGGGUAACUUCCCUCCCUACACUCGGAGUGGCUCCUUCUCAUCAGGUGUGGCACAAUGCCAGUGGGCAAAUAGAGGUUGGAGAGUUCAUUUUUGUACAACAGUACCUGAGGCACCCUAUACAGGGGAGGCCCAACAGCUUUCUCCUCAUGCUCAGUGGCUACCAGAAUCACAUCAUCCCCAGUCUCCAAAAUGCCAAAAUCCAAUAGCUGGCUUCUGCUCUACGCCAGCCUUGGAAUCCCAAACUACGAAAGACAUGCCCUGCACUCCCACUGACCAGUUAGGUCACAGCUUAUAUUUGACACCUCCUCCAUCUCAAUAUGGCUACCCUUCCCCUGCCAGCCCAGAGGAAAUAUCUUCCACCCAAACAACUUGCAUGCACCACCAUCCUUUCCUCACUCCUUCCCCAGAGUCACGGAAUACCUGGGGCAUUGCAUCACCAUAAAAAAAAAUGAAAUCUUUUAAUCAGAUUGAAAGGCAAUUAAUGGACUUAGUGAUGCACUGAAGCAAGACUGCAAAACAGGAUCUUAUUUGCUAGGCUUAAAAAAGCAAUGGUUUUAUAAAUCUAGCCGGCCCAAAGGCUCCAUGAGGCCAUUCAUUUAUUUGGGUCUAGUCUCCCAGCCGGUGAAUUUGAUAGCUGUAUUGCCAGUCCUGUUAGGGUUGAGGAGAGCUAGGCUGAAGGACUAUAUUACAGAGAUUAUGACAAUGAAGCAUUUCUUACAGCUACUUGAGCUAGCAAAAAUGGCAAUGUCUGCAAAAAGAACAUUUAGCUUAAUGAAACGUGUAUUCUGUAGUUCCUCCACAUGUGACAGUCUUCAUUUUUAACGAAGUGUGCACGGUCCGAGGGCAAUAAUACAAAUAUGCAUCAACAUGUCUGAACAUAUGUAGUUAAAUAUUGGCUAGCAAUGUCCAGCCGUACAUUAGCUGUCAAUAAAGUGAUUUUCUAGAAAGUGGAAAGGAGGUACCCACUCAAGGUCGAAAUCCUGGCUAAAGAAUUGACUGUAUAUAAAUCCAAAUGCUCCCCAGAGGUCAUGUGAAUUUACAGUACAAACCAGUUAGUGGUUAUUAACUUAACGUACAUACAGAUGCAGCAAUGGGUAUAUAGUGAAUCAUAAAUGUAAAAAUUCUGCCAACUUUUUCAAACCAACAGCAAAGGAGCCAACUGUUCAUUCUGGGUUCCGAUUUGUCCACGCAAACAAUUUGAGAUGAUUGUCAUUGCAUUUCUGUCCAUCUGUGUAUUAAACUUAAUAUAAAUUAUCUGUGGUAUGUCUAAAAAAACCAAACUUUAAAUAAAUAAACAAACUAACUCAUUGGAUAGAAA